GAAUGACAAGAGCAGCAUCAGAUUUACUUAGGUGCUGAAAACAGAGCAUUUCAUUUCAUUACUGACGGAUACAGCAUAUUCUUAUGUGUAGAAUAUCGUCAAGGUCCCUACAUAGGGUCGCCACACUUGAUUCGAAGCCAAAAGAAAAAAAGAAAAAGCAGAUAUUGCGAGAGAGCAUCAAAACUACAAAUUCUUUACAUGACCAAAUUAGUAAUUGUUUUGUCAUCAUGGAGGACAACAAGAUGUUUUAUGUUCUUUUUGCUUUAUUAUUGUGUCUUCAAGACCGGAUUUACGUCAAAGGCCAAGAGUGUAGACUAAUAGGAAAGUUUGAUCUACAUGGAUUUCUGGAAUCAAAAAACCAUCAUCUUAUCAUCGGUGGUAUGUUCCCCUUUCAUUUCAGGACUAUACUUACAAAUGAUACAUCAAUGGAAGAACCCAAGUCUCCUAAAUGUGAAGGGUAAGUCAUGGGCUCAGGGGGUUUAUGGAGCUAAUGUAAUAUGAUUAAAAGGCAAGUUCCUACAAGUGUUUCCUACAAGUAUUUCCAGUGAAUUGUUUCUUUCGGUUAAUUUUCUUUAUGUUGCGUAUCUCAAAGAGAAGAAUAGGACAGAACUUCUAACACAUCUCAUGAUAUAUCAAACACUGUAUCCUACAUAUAGUGAGUUGUAAUUAGUUUAAACAUAAUCGAAAUAUCUAGGUGUUAGGGAAACUCUAAAAUAUCUAACUUUUCUUACACUGCUAAUGUGGUCCUAUAAUUUGAAGGCUGAUUUUCAAGUCACAACAUUUUACUGUUUAGUAAAAAAUAGGCAAGUGCUUAGUAAAAAAAAAAAUCCAUUUAUUUCAAUUUCAAGUCGGACUGAAAUGUUGACUGGUUGACUGGUACAGUUUGCACAAAUAACGGAAAUAUUGCACAAGACCACAAGCCAUCUGAAUGCUUUUUUACUGGGAUGUCAUUUAUUUCAAUUACAUUUUCCUUCUCACACAAGUUUUAUGUCUAAUUAGCAAUCUAUCUAUGAAAUGUCAGUAUCUAGAACUAGGGGUUCUGAUUUAACUUAUUGCUUUAGUCUCAUAACCUAAACUUCAUAAUCUUUUCCUGUUGUUUAAAUAUCGAUUUAAAAAAAAAAAAAAAAAAAGUUGCCGUUUUUACAGUCUAGUCCCUAAAGAUCGUAUGCCAGCAUACGUCCUGCAAAUUUAACAUUGUUAGCACUCAACAAACUUGUAGUUUAUUAAUUGAGUGGGUCAUCUCGUCGUAUGUUAGAAUGGGCUUCUCACAGAGCAGAUUGUUAUGACAGCUUAGACCAUCAAUAGUAGAGACGUACUGGAUACCGCACUCACUAAAUAACCCAGGUGAUCUGAAGCAGUAACGUUUCGACCCACCGGGUCUUUAUUAAGCUUGAUAAAAACCCGGUAGGGACGAAACGUUGCUGCUUUUGCCCCAAUAGAGCUGCUAUUUUUGUUAUCCCGGAGUGCCUGAACCAUUUUUUAUUCGGCACAGCUCAGACCAUGCUUCCCCAAACUCCAGCCCUCCAGAUGUUGCUGAACUACAACUCCCAUGACUCUCAGCCUAUUUUAUUCAUAAAAUCAUGGGAGGUGUAGUUCAGCAACAUCUGGAGGGCCGGAGUUUGGGGAAGCCUGGCUUAGACCAUCAAGGUCUGUAACUCUGUAACUGUAACUCUAAGAGGCAACAUUUGGACUAACAUUGUUAGAUCAUACAUUUUAUUCAUGUCUCAUAAACUAUACACUUACAUGUAUUCUAUAAUGUUAAAUAUUGAGCAAGGCCUGGUUAAACUGGUUUCAAUCAUAUACUACCGUAGUUCUUAAUCUGUCCAAUUUUGGUCAGGUGUUGAUUCACCUUUUAUAUUGUGUCACUAGUUUUAAAUAAAAUUUGUGUAUUGUGUACUGUGUAUUAUAGGAAUAUAAUGCCAGCAAGGGUUACUGACGACAUAAUAAUAAACCAUAAGAUAGAUCCUGUGUUACUUGAAUAUCUCAAGAUCUCUGAGAAUACACACAAUACAGGCAUCAACACAAUGUAUAUUUGGUAUUUUUACAUUUAGUAUAAGAUUAGUAUUAGAGCUAGGUUUAAGUUUCCUUUAAACGUAUGCAACACUGGGGUAUAUAUAUUGCAGUCUGCUGAGAUUGGUAAGAGUCUUACUCCCAGGCCUAUUCCGUAAUUUAACCCCUCUCCUUUUAUUGACAUGCUGUGUGAGGAAUGAGCUACAGAAACAGCACAAAAAAAUAGCACUAUUAAGUACCAGUCACGCCAUACAAUAUGCUUUUUAUUAUACAGUAUGACAUCAUCAACCAUGUAGUAGAUGAUUUGAAAAUGUGGUCUGCCCUUGGAAAUAAUAGUAGAUAUUAUACCUGUAGGAAAACUAAAAAACAAACAAGCAAUAAAGGCGCUGAAAGUGCUAAUGUAAAAUAUAAAGAUAAUAAAAGUGUAGCAGCACCUAAAAGUGUACAAGCUCAUAAAACACCAUACAUAAAAUCCAAAAUAAAAAUACUGGUAGAUAUUUACUAGACAGUACUGGCAAAAGGCUAUUAGGCUGCUAUAUGGAAACGGAGAGUGUGGAUUUUAUUUAUUCUCAAUAAAGCUGUUUUACUUUUGGAAGCUGGUGUCCUGCCUAUUUGCACCAACAUUGAAGUCCUGGUCUUUGGAUUUAAAGCUGGAUCAGUUAGAGCAGGCUUUUACUGCUCUUUUCUUGUGAGUGAUAUUCCUAAUUUUAUUUGCUGGUUUUUAUAUUUAUGUAAACAAUAUUAUACUAUGUUUCUCCAUUUUAUAUCUCUUUUUACAUAUGUUCUUAUGUGAUUUGGAGAAUUUAAGGAGAUAUACAUUUCCCUUGUAAGUUAUUUGUUUUGGAUAUUGAAUUUUUACACCAUCACAUUUGCAUUUUGCACUUAUGUCACACUGAAUGUGAUUAUAUUGUAGACACACUCUGUGUUUUUGCACAAAAUAUUUGCACAAAUUAUUGCACUAUUUGCACUUUUUAAUAUUUAAAGGUACAGCGCACCUAUUUUUAUUUUGGAUAUUAUACCUGUGCUUCAACUACAGGGAGUGCAGAAUUAUUAGGCAAGUUGUAUUUUUGAGGAUUAAUUUUAUUAUUGAACAACAACCAUGUUCUCAAUGAACCCAAAAAACUCAUUAAUAUCAAAGCUGAAUAUUUUUGGAAGUAGUUUUUAGUUUGUUUUUAGUUAUAGCUAUGUUAGGGGGAUAUCUGUGUGUGCAGGUGACUAUUACUGUGCAUAAUUAUUAGGCAACUUAACAAAAAACAAAUAUAUACCCAUUUCAAUUAUUUAUUAUUACCAGUGAAACCAAUAUAACAUCUCAACAUUCACAAAUAUACAUUUCUGACAUUCAAAAACAAAACAAAAACAAAUCAGUGACCAAUAUAGCCACCUUUCUUUGCAAGGACACUCAAAAGCCUGCCAUCCAUGGAUUCUGUCAGUGUUUUGAUCUGUUCACCAUCAACAUUGCGUGCAGCAGCAACCACAGCCUCCCAGACACUGUUCAGAGAGGUGUACUGUUUUCCCUCCUUGUAAAUCUCACAUUUGAUGAUGGACCACAGGUUCUCAAUGGGGUUCAGAUCAGGUGAACAAGGAGGCCAUGUCAUUAGAUUUUCUUCUUUUAUACCCUUUCUUGCCAGCCACGCUGUGGAGUACUUGGACGCGUGUGAUGGAGCAUUGUCCUGCAUGAAAAUCAUGUUUUUCUUGAAGAAUGCAGACUUCUUCCUGUACCACUGCUUGAAGAAGGUGUCUUCCAGGAACUGGCAGUAGGACUGGGAGUUGAGCUUGACUCCAUCCUCAACCCGAAAAGGCCCCACAAGCUCAUCUUUGAUGAUACCAGACCAAACCAGUACUCCACCUCCACCUUGCUGGCGUCUGAGUCGGACUGGAGCUCUCUGCCCUUUACCAAUCCAGCCACGGGCCCAUCCAUCUGGCCCAUCAAGACUCACUCUCAUUUCAUCAGUCCAUAAAACCUUAGAAAAAUCAGUCUUGAGAUAUUUCUUGGCCCAGUCUUGACGUUUCAGCUUGUGUGUCUUGUUCAGUGGUGGUCGUCUUUCAGCCUUUCUUACCUUGGCCAUGUCUCUGAGUAUUGCACACCUUGUGCUUUUGGGCACUCCAGUGAUGUUGCAGCUCUGAAAUAUGGCCAAACUGGUGGCAAGUGGCAUCGUGGCAGCUGCACGCUUGACUUUUCUCAGUUCAUGGGCAGUUAUUUUGCGCCUUGGUUUUUCCACACGCUUCUUGCGACCCUGUUGACUAUUUUGAAUGAAACGCUUGAUUGUUCGAUGAUCACGCUUCAGAAGCUUUGCAAUUUUAAGAGUGCUGCAUCCCUCUGCAAGAUAUCUCACUAUUUUUGACUUUUCUGAGCCUGUCAAGUCCUUCUUUUGACCCAUUUUGCCAAAGGAAAGGAAGUUGCCUAAUAAUUAUGCACACCUGAUAUAGGGUGUUGAUGUCAUUAGACCACACCCCUUCUCAUUACAGAGAUGCACAUCACCUAAUAUGCUUAAUUGGUAGUAGGCUUUCGAGCCUAUACAGCUUGGAGUAAGACAACAUGCAUAAAGAGGAUGAUGUGGUCAAAAUACUCAUUUGCCUAAUAAUUCUGCACUCCCUGUAUAAAUACACAUUUAUUAUACACAGCUAGAUUUAGUACAAUCUGAUGCAGUUUACAUUGGCAGUGCAUCGAACAGCAAAAAUGAUAUUCAGUUAGUAUCAUGCUGUAAACAAUUAGUAACGGAUUCUGACAGGACUAUGAACAUUCUUUAGGAUAUCUUACAAACCUCAAAUGCUAUUUGCUGUACAUUGAAUGACUGUAGUUUCAUGGACUGAAUAAAUGCCCUUUUACUGGUGUAAAUGUUAUGUUUAUAAGGUGGUUAAUCCCUUUAAUGCUACCCAGUGGUCAAGAUAUGCUCAGUUUUCUAUCAAAAGUGCCUCUAAACAUCUAGGAUGUUCUAUAUACAGUGAGGGGAAAAGUAUUUGAUCUUUUGCUGAUUUUGAAUGUUUGACCACUGACAAAAAAAUGAUCAGUCUAUAAUUUUAAUUGUAAGUGUAUUUUAACAGUGAGAGACAGAAUAAAAAAAAAAAAAGAAGAAAAUCCGGAAAAACAAUUGUCAAAAAAGUUAUAAAUUGAUUUGCAUGUCAAUGAGUGAAAUAAGUAUUUGACCCCUUUCAACUUAGUACUUGGUGGAAAAACCCAUUGUUGGCAAUCACAGAGGUCAAACGUUUCUUGUAGUUGACCACCAGGUUUGCACACAUUUUAGCAGGGAUUUUGUCCCACUCCUCUUUGCAGGUCCUCUCCAAGUCCUUAAGGUUUUGAGGCUGGCUCAAACCUUCAUCUCCCUCCGCAGAUUUUCUAUGGGAUUAAGGUCUGUAGACGGGGUAAGCAACUCCAGGACCUUAAUGUGCUUCUUCUUGAGUCAAUCCUUUGUUGCCUUGGCUGUGUGUUUUGGGUCAUUGUCAUGCUGGAAUAUCCAUCCAUGACACAUUUUCAAUGCCCUGGCUGAGGGAAGGAGGUUCUCACCCGAGAUUCGACGGUACAUGGCCCCAUCAAUCGUGCCUUUGAUGCGGUGCAGUUGUCCUGUCCCCUUAGCAGAAAAACACCCCCACAGCAUAAUCUUUCCACCUUCAUGUUUGACAGUGGGGAUGGUGUUCUUGGGGUCAUAGACAACAUUUCUCCUUCUCCAAACACGGAGUUGAGUUGAUGCUAAACAGCUCGAUUUUGGUCUCAUCUGACCACAACACUUUCACCCAGUUCUCCUCUGAAUCAUUCAGAUGUUCACUGGCAAACUUCAGAAGGGCCUGGACAUGUGCUUUCUUAAGUAGGAGGACCUUGCGUGCGCUUCAGGAUUUUAGUCCUUUACGGCGUAGUGUGUUACCAAUUGUUUUCUUGGUGACUAUAGUCCGAGGUGCCUUGAGAUCAUUAACAAGAUCCUCCCGUGUAGUUCUGGGAUGAUUCCUCACCGCUCUCAUGAUCAUUGAAACUCCACGAGGUGAGAUCUUGCAUGGAGCACCAGACUGAGGGAGACUGACGGUUAUUUUGUGUUUCUUCCAUUUGCAAAUAAUCACACCAAGCUGCUUGGCAAUGGUCUUGUAGCCCAUUCCAACCUUGUGUAGGUCUACAAUCUUGUCCCUCAGAUAAAUACAUAUAGGUAAUGGAAGUGCACUCAACCCCUUGUCGUGGAAUCCGGGGUGCUCCAAUGGACAAGUCCAAGUACCAAAGUGGACCAAAUGCAAAAUUGUUAAAUAUAGAAAGUAAUCCAGGCACUCCAACAAAUUCCCAAAUACAGGCAAUUUUAUUAGAACCAGGAACUACACAGCAACGUUUUGACCCCUUAGGGCCUUUAUCAAGCUUGGAUUACUUUCUAUAUUUUACAAUCUUGUCCCUGACAUACUUGGACAGCUCUUUGGUCUUGGCAAUGGUGGAGAGUUUGGAAUCUGAUUGAUUGCUUCUGUGGACAGGUGUCUUUUAUACAGGUAAUGAGCUGAGAUUAGAAGCACUCCGUUUAAGAUAGUGCUCCUAAUCUCAGCUCGUUACCUGUAUAAAAGAGACCUGGGAGCCAGAAAUCUUGCUAUUUGAUAGGGGAUCAAAUACUUAUUUCACUCACUGACAUGCAAAUCAAUUUAUAACUUUUUUGAUAUGAGUUUUUCUGGAAUUGUUUUUUUUUGUUAUUAUGUAUGGCAAACUUUCAAAAUCAAAAUCAGCAAGGGAUCAAAUACUUUUUCCCUCACUGUAUGCAACCCCAACACCCUAAUGUUAUUGAUAUCCUGCUUAAUUUUCAAUAAAAUGCUGGAGACAAAAUAUUGCCUCUAAAAUGGUUUAAACUUAUGUUAACUUUUUUUAUUUUUUAUUUACUGGGUGGUACCAUAUGACUUGGGGGCCCCUCGCCAUCCAGGGGCCUAUUCAGGUGUUAAACCUCUGCAUGUGUAUUUCUAUGACAAGUUGCUGAAUUGUGAGGAAAGCCAUUCUAGAACUGGACCAUAUCUUAGGUGGGCUUAUCUUUUAAGCCCAGAAUUUUAAUAUUACCUCUAUGAAAAAGGUGUUUUUUACUUCUAUUUCUAAACAAUCUUUGCUCUAUGUAGAUAACAUUACCUGAUAUAUAUCAGUGAAUGUAAGAAAAGAGAUUUCCUGGCAGCAUUCAACCCGUUGUCAUAGCAGAAUUUAAAAAAACAGUGAUGCUUGCAAUAACAAUACAUAGAGUGAAAUAAGUAACAUGUACACAACAUAGCUAUAAUAAUUUGUAAUUAUCACUCAGGUUUGGUUAGUGUUGCUACAUCCACCACAUUAUUUAAGACAUAUAGACUACCGAUAUAUGUAGAAUUCAUGUACUGAUUGAUUAAGGACCUGAUCUCCUUCCUGCACCAUUUGAAUUAUAAAUAUCACAGGGCAAUGCUUUUACUAUGCUGCCCAGCAAUAUGUAGAAAUUAUAUGGGUCCAGAAAAACAUGUUGAAUAUUUAAACUGAUGUGUAAAAUAUUACAAAAAAACAAUAGGGGGUGGAGAUAACCAACAAUACAAGCCGCUGUUGGCUCCACUGCACUAACAUAAACAUAAACAACAACCUUGCGGUUUCAGGGUUUUCAGCUCUCUGUUUCCACUCACAGAAAUAAAACACAAUCUCUUCCCUCCUUUGGCAGGGGAGUACUUAAUAGCACCUGUAAUUAACAAUCCUUUUCAGGUGAGGUAAAUUAGGAUUGAAACUCUGGAACUGGACUUCUCAACUGUAGGUUCCAAGCAACUUCCAAAAUGUGGAGUGGAGCACUGGCCCACCCUACUCUCCAAGUGCUCCACCCCAGGGCCCAGAUAUACACAUAUUUAAAGUGCAAUAUUCAUUUUAACAUAACACAUUUCCCUGGGGCUAAUUACACAAAGUAGGAACCUUGCAAAAUCUGGGGAGAUAUAUAGAUUCCCUCCAGCACAAUUCCUUGCUUUCGGUCACACAUCCUCCCCCCAAGCUCAGACCUAUUGGGUCGAGCGACCAUGGACAUUAGCGAGUGCAUCCGUGAAAGACCAUCUGCAUUUCCCUGUUUACACCCAGCCCUAUGCUCUAUGGAGAAAUUAUAGGGUUGCAAGCUAAGGAACCAGUGGGUCACUCUACUAUUUUUCUCCCUGUUUUGGCUCAUCCAAGUAAGGGGUGCAUGGUCUGUCACUAGUCUGAAUUUUCAUCCAAAGAGAUAGUAUUAAAGUGUGUCUACUGCCCACUUUAUAGCCAGACACUCCUUCUCAACAAUGGAAUAGUUUAUUUCUUGGGGUUUAAGCUUCCUGCUUAAAUAUAAUAUGGGGUGCUCCUCACCCUGAAUUUCCUGAGAGAGAACGGCACCAAGCCUUACAUCAGAUGCAUCUGUCUGUAAAAUAAAUUCUUUAGAAAAAUCAGGUGUUACCAACACUGGUUGGGCACAAAUGGCUUCUUUAAGCUUCCUGAAUGCAUGUUCAGUCUCUUGGGGACCAUUUUACCACUACUGGGGCAUUAGCUUUAGGAAGGUCAGUUAAUGGGCUUCCAAUUGUAGCAAAAUUGGAAAUAAAUCUCCUGUAAUACCCAAUGAGGCCAAGAAAUGUUCUCACCUGUUUCUUAGUCAGUGGUAUUGGCCAAUUUCGUAUGGCUUCAAUUUUAGCAACUUGGGGUUUCACUAGUCCCCUACCAAUAGAGUAGCCCAAAUAUUUUGCUUCCUCUAGGCCAAUCGUACACUUACUGGGGUUAGGCCAGCAUUUUGUAUUGAGUUAAGGACAGCCUGUACUUUUGGAAGGUGAGAUUCCCAAUCCUCACUGUGUACUACAACAUCAUCCAAGUACGCAGCUGCAUACUUACGUUACUGCAUCUGAGUUAUGUGUUCUAUUACACUGUGAUGUGGGUUAGCUUCUUGUUCCCAAAUUUCCUUCGCUAUGUCAAGUAAUACCCUGGGGUGUCUGCCAUAUAAUAAAUUCAAAAGGUGAGAAACCCGUAGAAGCUUGGGGUACUUCUCUAAUGGCAAACAUUAAAUAGGGCAAUAAAAAGUCCCAGUUUUUACCAUCUUUAUCAGUUACUUUCCGCAGCAUAGCUUUUAAAGUUUAUUAAAUCGCUAAACCAAACCAUUGGUUUGUGGGUGAUAAACAGAGGUUUUGAGGUGUUUAAUGUGAAGGAGCUUGCAGAGUUCCUUUGUAACCUUGGACAUGAAUGGAGUACCCUGACCUGAUAGGAUCUCCUUGGGAAUCCCAACCCGCCUAAACAUCAUCAUUAACUCUUUAGCAAUGGACUUUGCGGAGGUUGUACACAUAGGUAUUGCCUCAGGGUAACGGGUAGCAUAGUCUAGUACUACUAAUAUAUACUGAUGCCCCCUAGUGGAUUUUACCAGAGAACCUACAAAAUCCAUAGCAAUACGUUCAAAAGGCACUUCAAUAACAGGCAGGGGUACUAAAGGGCUACGGUAAGCCGUAAAGGGCGCAGUGACCUGACAUUCAGGGCAUGACGAACAGUAGUUUUUGAUAGCUGCGAUUACUCCAGGCCAAUAAAAUCUCCUCAAAACUCGCUCUCUUGUUUUGUGAACCCCUAGAUGGCCACCCAAAACAUGGCUAUGUGCAAGGUUUAACACAGUACGCCAAUAGGCUUGUGGUACUAACAGUUGCUUUGUAAUAACGGACUCUUUUUUCUCAACUAUGUACAACAGAUCAUUAUCCACUUCAAAAUAAGGGUAAGUAAGAGAAUUCACUGGAUUGACAGGGGAUCCAUUCCUUAUAGAAAUAUUAUUCCUGGUUACCAAUAAUGUUGGGUCAGACCACUGUGCACUUCUGAAGUUACCAGGCCUAACCUCUAAAUCCAUUAACUCUAUUUCUGGUUCAGAGCUUCUAGAAGGUCCCACAUUAGUUUGUUCUGGCUUUUCACCAACUAAUGUUUUUAUAGGGGAGUGCUGCAUAUUGUUAGGCCCAUCAUCAUGAUCUCUCUCGUCUGCCAGAGUAUCUGCAAAAGGAAAUUCAUCAUUCUGUUCACCUGAUGGGUUUUCAAAACAGGCCCAUAGGUCUAGAAAAUGGGGAAAAUCCCUUCCAAUAAUCAUCUCAUGUGCCAGUUUGGGUACCAGCCCCACUCUGCAGUUUACAGUACCACACUGGGUCUUAACAAGUAUAUCUGCAGUAGGGUAGUUAUGUAUAUCCCCGUGCACACAAGCAAUAUCAACUUUUUCAGAGUUAACAAUAUGAGUAUCCUGUAAUAAGGAUUGGUCUAGAAGGGUAACCAUACUCCCUGAAUUUAGCAAUGCCUGUAUAUUUUUUCCCUCCACAUUCACGGUACACCCAGGGUGACUAUUCAAAUAACCAUUUUUUUCCGCAGAACAUACAACCUGUGACUAAAGUGCAAUUCCUUCCCAAUUAUUACCAAAAUUACACUCCAUUGGUUCAACAUUUUCAGGACAGUCUUUUUCUCCAGACUUUGCUGUGUGUUGCCCGCAUCCUCCACCUUAUGUGACACACAGUCUUUUCAGGCUUUACAGACACUUCACAUGCUGGAUGAGGUAAAAUGACUUGCUCUUUUUAUUGUGGUUCCAAAAUAGAUGCACAGUAAGGUAUAAAAGGUUGUAACAAAAUAUAUAAAACAAAAUCCUUGCUCUUCUGAGCACUAACUAAACAAAAUAAUUAGCUAACUGGGUUGGAUGGCUUGUCCAUUUCCCAACAUAAACAUAAACAACAACCUUACUGUUUCAGGGAUUUCAGCUCUCUGUUUCCACUCACAGAAAUCAAACACAAUCUCUUCCCUCCUUUGGCAGGGGAGUACAUAAUAGCACCUGUAAUUAACCCCUUAAGGACGGAGCCAAAUGUACACGUUGUGAACGAAACAAAAUGUAAACAAAACCUGGCAUUUGCGCUACAUGUCUGUCCAACCGUAAUUCACUUCUUUCAUAGUAAAUGCACCCACCCUUAUUAUAUAUCAUUUUAUUCAGGGGAAACAGGGCUUUCAUUUAAUAUCAAAUAUCUAGCUGUGAAACAUAAUUUAAUAUGAAAAGAAUUGGAGAAAAUAAGAUUUUUUUUAAUAUUUUUAGUUCUACAUGACAUUUUAACUGUCAAUGUCUUAAUACUGUUUGCUUUUACUGCAAUAAAAUACACAUAUUUGUAUUCAGCAAAGUCUUACGUGUAAAACAGUACCCCCUAUGUACAGGUUUUAUGGCGUUUUGGGAAGUUACAGGGUCAAAUAUAGCACGUUACAUUUGAAAUUGAAAUUCGCCAGAUUGGUUACGUUGCCUUUGGGACUUUAUAGUAGCCCAGGAAUUAAAUUUACACCCAUAAUGGCAUACCAUUUGCAAUAGUAGACAACCCAAGGUAUUGCAAAUGGGGUAUGUCCAGUCUUUUUUAGUAGCCAUUUGGUCACAAACACUGGCCAAAGUUAGCGUUAGUAUUUGUUUGUGUGAAAAAUGCAAAAACCGCCAAUUUUGGCCAGUGUUUGUGACUAAGUGGCUACUAAAAAAGACUGGACAUACCCCGUUUGCAAUACCUUGGGUUGUCUACUAUUGCAAAUGGUAUGCCAUCAUAGGGGUAAUUUUCAUUCUUGGGCUACCAUAGGGUCUCAAAGGCACCGUAACCAAUCUGGCGAAUUUUAAUGUGAAAAAAAUGAAACGCAAGCCUUAUAUUUGACGCUGUAACUUUUGAAAACAUCAUAAAACCUGUACAUGAGGGGUACUGUUGUACUCGGGAGACUUCGCUGAAUACAAAUAUUUGUGUUUCAAAACAGCAAAAAGUAUCACAGCAAUAAUAUCAUCCGUGUAAGUGCUGUUUGUGCAUGAAAAAGGCAAACAACUGCACUUUUACUGGCGAUAUCUUCGUUGUAAUACAUUUUACUGUUUUGAAACACUAAUAUUUGUGUUCAGCGAAGUCUCCCGAGUAGAACAGUACCCCCCCCAUGUACAGGUUUUAUGGUGUCUUGGAAAGUUAUAGGGUUAAAUAUAGUGCUAGCAAAUUAAAUUUCCUUUUACCCGGCAUGGGUUGUCAGGCAGGUCCCGCUAAUUGUAAUUCAUUAAGAUACCUAAUUAUGUAAAAAUAUUACAUAAAUAUAUAUGUAGAAUUAAUAUAUGUAUAUAUAUACACGUGUGUGAAUCUAUAUGUGUAUAUAUAUAUAAUUUUUUUUAAAUAUUUUUAUUUAUAUAUAGGUAUAUAUAAAAUGAUAUAUACGUAUAUAUUUAUGUAUGUAGAUAUAUAUAUUAUUUCAUUCUACAUGUAUUUUGAUAUAAAUAUAUAUAUAUUAAUAUCACAAUACAGUUAGAACGAAAUAACACAUCUAUAUAUUUUUUUAUAAUUUUUUUUAAAUAAUUUUUUUAAUUUUAUUUUUUAACGUAUUUACAUAUUUAAUUUUUUUAUAUUAUAUAUAAAUAUAUAUAUAAUAAUAAUUAUAUAUAUAUUUAAUCAGUAUCAGUCUACGUGUAAUUUGAUAUAUAUAUAUAUAUAUGUAUAUAUAUAUAUAUAUAAAAUUAUAUAUAUAUAUAUAUAUAUUAAUAGUAAAAUACACCUAGACAGUGUAUGUAUAGGUGUAUAUAUAUACUUAGAUCAUAUAUAUAUGAUAUAUAUAUAUAUAUAUAUGAUCUAAGUAUAUAUAUAUAUAUAUAUACUUAGAUCAUAUAUAUAUGAUAUAUAUAUAUAUAUAUUUUAUUUUUUUUAUUUUUUUAUACACUUAAUUAAUUUAUUUUAUUUUUAUUUUCAGCCAGCAGGGGGACCACCUGUCAUUACAGGCAGCCCCCCUGCUGGCAAUACAGCAGGCAGCCUACCCGGCCAUGUGAUUGUGAGGUCCUCGCAAGGACCUCACUCUCACAUGGCCGGGGGGGCUUCCAGGGGGUCGGACGUGCCGCGGGGGCUCCCUGGGAGUCCCCCCCACCGCGAUCGCCGGCGUGGGACCACCGGCGACCGGGUAAGUAAAGAAAGACCGGAGGGCAUACAAUUACGCCCGGCGGCGUUUAGAGCCGCUUAAAAUAGGGUGUAAUUGUACGCCCUCCGGUCUUAAGGGGUUAACAAUUCUUUUCAGGUGAGGUAAAUUAGGAUUGAUACUCUGGAACUGGACUUCCCAUCUGUAGGUUCCAAGCAACUUUCAAAAUGUGGAGUGGAGCACUGGCCCACCCUACUCUCCAAGUGCUCCACCCCAGGGCCCAAAUAUACACAUAUUUAAAGUGCAAUAUUCAUUUUAACAUAACACAUUUCCCUGGGGCUAAUUAGACAAAGUAAAAAACCUUGCAAAAUCUGGGGAGAUAUAUAGAUUCCCUCCAGCACAAUUCCUUGCUUUCGGUCAGAACACCAAUGAAUACAUGCAUGAAAAAAUAUUUACUUUCUCCCUAAACCAACAGAAUACACAUUAUCCAUGUGAUGAAAGUUAACCGGUGUUAUAUACAUCUUAUAAUCAGAAACUUAUUUUAGCCUAUGUCAACCAGGGAGGAAGCAGAGACAGAAUGGCAAAAUUCCAGAUUUUUCUUUUUAUUCAGCGGGGACUGGCCAAAGAAGGGCUACUCCAACAAGCCACAUCACUAGAGAAGCAUUGGACAGUUUUCAAUAUACAAAGUGUCAGCGCUUCAAGUAGUCUUACAUUUACUUCUUCAAAAAGGGAAAAGUAUGACAAAAUAUUAUUGUAGGUAUAGUCUUAAUUCACCUCCACAGUGGUGAAUAUACAUUGACCAAAUAGGUAAAUAUAUUUCUGGUAUUAUGAUCAGAAAUAAAAUGGUGUCGAGAAUCCACAGUUAAGUAUUGCAGUAAUGUCUUUGCAAGAAUUACUUCAAGUGAGAUAAAAAUCAGAGUUUAUUUAUCAAGUAGUUAAAAAGAAAAAUCCUUGUGAAUAAAGAUUGAAAUAACAAAAGUGGUAUAAAAUAUAAUGAUAACCACUAGUAAGUCCAGUACAUGCAGUUAAGCAGUGAGUGGGUGAAAAAGUUUUACUCUUCCGUUGGAGCAACUGGAACAGUGUGAAAUCCUUUCUUUAAGCCGCCAAAGUUGGGGUAGAAUCGGAGCAGAACCGGAGGGACGCCGUUGCCUCAAACCGCUAGAAAUGUACUGCUGCUACCGGAGAGAAACAGAUGAAUGGAAGCUUGAUCCUCAGCUCAUCAACGCGUUUCACCCGUGCUUGGCGGGCUUUUUCAAGAUAGUGAGGAGUCCUAUCAUAGUAUAUAUACCCUGGAGAAUUAUGCUGCCUGUCUGGAUUACUUAAAGGCACAUGCAUCCUUCUGUGGCAGGACUUUUCAUGUGUAAGCCAUCACUUCACCUAAAUUAGAUAGUGCAUCUAUAGAUUCAAGAGUGCAUACAUCAAUAUAAGUUAUUUGUAUAUAUACAUACAGUUGCAAGAAAAAGUAUGUGAACCCUUUGGAUUGAUAUGGAUUUCUACACAAAUUAGUCAUAAAAUGUGAUCUGAUCAUCAUCUAAGUCACAACAACAGACAAUUCAAUAAAAACAUGGCAACAUUUCAUUCUUUGUGUGUUAUUAGUUUAAGCAGACUGUGAUUGUCUAUUGUUGUGACUUAGAUAAUGAUCAGAUCCCAUUUUAUGACCAAUUUGUGCAGAAAUCCAUAUCAUUCCAAAGCGUUCACAUACUUUUUCUUGCAACUAUAUAUAUAUAUAUAUGUGUUUGUGUAUGUAUAAAGUGUGUGUAUACAUGCAUACAUGUGUGUAUAUGUGAAUAGGUGUAUGUGUACAUAUACAAGGGUCACAUUUAUACAUGUGUAUGUACAUGUAUUGGUGCUUGUGUGUGGAUGUAUGUAUAGGUGUGCAUGUACAUAUAUUUGUGCAUUUGGUUGCAUUUAAAUGUAUAUUGUUGUAUGUACUUGUGUAUAUUGUGUAUGUACUUGUGUAUACUUGUACAUAUACACUUCUUGUGUAGAUGUAUAUGUACAUGUGUGUGAGUCUGUGUAUGCUGGAUAUAGGCCAUCAGGCAUAUCCUGUAACUCUUGGAUGGGAAUUUCUGCAUUCUUAAUAUAAGUAAUUAUUUUUUUACUCUCUCCUUCUAGCACCAUCUUCUGUACUGUUUGCUUGUUUUUUUUCCCUUUCUUCCCCCUCACUCUGAUCUUCACACAAGAUAUUUAUGACCCUCUUUGAGAAUGAUGUCUAUUUUCUAUUAAACCUGUGUCUUAUCUGCACUUAUGUCGCUUUAACCCCUGUAUCACAACUCAACUUUAAAUUCUAUGUGUCGUCUUGCUCAGAAAUGCUGUAGACUUGCGAAAGGGAGGUUCUCCCGAAAGCUUGUCAUUAAAAUAAGCUGAUUUCUAUGGAUAUUGUGGGUCCCAUUUAGUGUGUUUAUUAUUCUCCUCAUUUUUCCUCCUUUCCUCUUAAUUUUUUCACUAGAGAGACUGAGGAUAUCUGUGGAUAUUUGUAUUAUUAAGUAUAUUUUGUGGGUUUUGUUUUUUCUGUUGGCUUUUACAUGAAGACUGGUGCCCUAAAUAUCAACUUUACUUUUUUGUUUUAUUGUUAUUUAUAUGUAAUCCACUUGAUUAUUAUCAGAUUUUUAUGUGUCAUCUAAUUUUAUCACAUGGCAGAACGCUUCAUAUUUGCUUAAGUCUCUCUUACUACAACUAAUAGCAGCAACUAAUCAGAAACAAACAGAGCAAUAAGUCUUCCCUCCCCUUUUAACACUUCCUCUUUCUUUGCUGCUCCUCACCAGCACAGGUCAGAGUACCACUGUGGGUUGCUGUGGGUUUGUGAUUUACUUGCAGUUUAUGAUGAAUGUUUUGCUUGUCACUUUGUAUACCUUGUAGUUUCCUUUGCCUAGCUUAUAUACAUAUCUGUUGUUUUAUUAUUUUCCUUAUUUUUCUGUUUUCCUCUGACAGGCAUUUGGGGCUUACUGCAUUCUUUUGUCAUUUGUUUGUAAACUUGUGUUUCUUCUGCUGCUCUGGUCCAUGUAAGGCUCCCUCGGGCUGCCUUCCCUGGCCUUCCUGAGCCAUAGGACCGCGGUGAAUGUCUCUGCCGGUUGCACAAGCGCUAGCAGCGGCCAUCUUUGAUCUCGCGGCAAUAGCGCAAGAUCCUGGCAGCCAUCUUAACGGUUUGCCGCGCAUGGCUCUCCCGAGGCCAGGGCCUGUCCACUUCUAAAUAUUUGUAUAAUUGCGGUUUGCAGGCACCCCGGGGGGAGAGUGGGGAAAUCCCACCUGAUACAUUGUUAUUUGUUUCCUUCAUAGUCCGACACGCUCAGGGUGCAGAAGGGGAAGGUUGUGCUUUACUGCCUCUCAUAUCAGACCACUCACAUAGAAACAUAGAAACAUAGAAUGUGACGGCAGAUAAGAACCAUUCGGCCCAUCUAGUCUGCCCAAUUUUCUAAAUACUUUCAUUAGUCCCUGGUCUUAUCUUAUAGUUAGGAUAGCCUUAUGCCUAUCCCACGCAUGCUUAAACUCCUUUACUGUCAGAGGGCUGUCCUCCUGUUUUAUUUGCAGUCUGCCCCACAUGGUUAGUGGCUUGGCCCCAGUAAAUAAAUAACUUCUCUAUCCAUUCUAUACUUAGACACUGCUGGUGUCCUUGAGGCUAUAUCUAUAUCUAUUGUUUGCCAUUAUAGAGGGUGAACCCUCUAUAAUGGCAUUUGACUCCUUACUGGGUUUGUUCCCUUCCAAGGGUGACCCCUAUUUACAACUAUAUGCCCCACUGCCCUGUGGCUCCUUAACGCAUUGCUGAGGGGUGAGCCCCCUACUUACACCAAGAGGUGCCUAACAUAACGUUGAUUACUGCGCAUCUAUGAUUGGUGCAUUGACUAGCUGUCGUACUAUACAGGGCCUAAUACUGGCCCGCUUUGUCUGUACCCACUCCUACCCCAUAAGGUACAUUCCCUGGGGCUACCACCCAGUUCUAUUACGUAUCUUGGGGCCGCUGGCCAGGAUAUUAUUGUUGGGUGACAAUGCUAUUUCUCAGGGCACCACCCUGGAUCUGUCCUCCAUACGGUAUUGGGCAUUGUGCUCCAUCUGCCUGCUGGGCAACUCUAACGUGGCACUUUGCACAGAGCGGCAAAGAAUUAGGGCCAUCAGCAAACGGCCUGCUAUUUGGAGAACCAUUCAUCAUGGAACUCCACAAGCACUCCAAUCUAUAUGCAACCCUCAACAAGGCUCAGUCCUCUAUGAGGAGGGUAUUCCACAUGACAACCCCACAGGUUUUUGGCAGGGCUGGCAGACAACGGGGUCGUGUCGUCAGCUGAUUCUGGUCGUCAGGCCAUCGAAGGUCCCAUGCAUCCUCCUUCUCCCCCAACUACUCAACCAGAUCCUUCCACACGCAGAGAUCGGAACAUGGUUGAGGGAGCCGCGCCCACGGCAGAGCCAGAAUGCCCACAGGUGAGCAGUGUUAUUAUUUGCCAUUCAAAACUGUUACAUGCUGGCAGACUGUCUCACUGUCUUGACAGGUUUAAACUCUGUCUUCAGACGCCUAGAUUCUUCAGACAGUCCAGGGUUAUGUGAUUGAGUUUCAUACGCCCUCACGGCAAGACUCGUUACUGCCGACGCUAAUCUCAUUCUACCUGGUAUACGCCGAGAUCCAAGCGCUCUUCGAGAAAGGUGUGGUACAAUGGGCCCAGGAUGACAGCAGUUUCAACAGCUCCAUCUUCCUCGUCAGGAAGAAAUUGGGAGACUUCCGCCCCGUCAAAAACCUAUGACGCUUAAAUGAUUUCGUUGUAUACUGGCACUUCAAGAUGGAGGGCAUCCAUCUACUCCAUGACCUCUUCUACCCAGGAGAUAGGUUCACCAGCGUAGACUUGAAGGAUGUGUACCUAUCCAUACCGGUGGAUCCUGUCAGCCGCCAUUUCCUCCAUUUCUACUGGAAAGGUUGUCCUUGCAUAUUUACGUGCCUCCCUUUCGGCCUCAGCUCUGCCCUAUGGUGUUUUACCAAACUGCUAAAGCCAGUGACCGCCCAUCUACGCUCCAGGGGUGUAGAAUGCCUCAUUUACCUGGAUGACUUGCUGAUGUUUUGCGAAGAGGCCUCCAGGCUUAGAUCUCAGAUGCACUUGGCAAUCUCCUUUAUCGAAUCCCUGUGCUUCAUGGUAAACCUGGAGAAGUCGGCCCUCACCCCGUCUAACAUUGUGCAGUUCUUGGGGUUCGAAGUAGACAAUGAAUGUGUCCUAUGCCUCCCGCAGCCCAAGAUCUCCGCGAUCCGGAAGGAACUUCAGAGAAUCCUACGUCUCAACCGGAUUCCCCUCCGCAUGCUUGCACGGGUAGUAGGUCUCCUAUAAACGUCUAUUCAGGCUAUCUACCCGGGUCCCCUACACUAUCGGGCCAUGCAAUGCCUGAAGGCCCAGUCCCUGCAUAUGAGACGGCCAUACGACAAGCUGAUUCCACUCACCCCAGAAGUCAAGUUUGAACUCAGGUGGUGGUUGCUCCACUAGACAGCAUGGAAUGGUAAAGCUAUAUUCGGCCCGACACUGGACUUUGUCAUGAAGUCAGACGUGAAUCUCUGGGGAUGGGGAGCCACCUGUCCGACAGCUUCCACCGGGGCUCGUGGACAAUAGCGGAAACCGUUUAUCACAUCAAUUGCCUGAAAUUGACUGAUUGCAGGCUCAUUCACGCUUCUCAGCCUGGCGAGCCAUCUCUUGGAUUUCUGCAUACUUCUGAGGAUGGACAACGUCUCGGUGGUACAAUACAUCAACCGUCUGGGGGUUAUGCCGGUCUCCUCCACUACCUUGGCACACUGGAUCAGAUGGCUGUUAUCUCUGACAGGUGUGGAUUCCUCAUUUGGAGCACAGAGAGGCUGCGGCAUCUGGAGUCUUGAUGGCAGGUGCUUCCUUACAGGAUAUUCUACAUUCGGCAGAUUGGUUUCGGGAAGACACUUUCCACCGGUUUUAUUUUCGUCCUUCUACCCAUGCUGCGUUCGCCUUGCUGACAGUGUUAAAACAGCAAAUAUGAAGCCUCCUGUCAUGUGAUAAAAAUGUGCUAACUUUAGUGUACCUAUAAUCUUAAUUGUAUUAAUGACAGGAGGCAAAUAUUUCCCUCCCUUUAGUAUCCCAACCCCUUUUGAUUAUUGUAUGUUUCCUGGUAAGCUGAGGUGGGUAUUUGUUAAGGUAUACUCUCACCGUUCAUCUUUGUUUGCUUCUCUUGCUUACAUUUUUAAUUCAAAUGAGUUGUAAGGGGGUUGACUUCGUACUUUGUAUCUGAGGGUGACAUGUCUUUUCUGAGUACAUUUCCUCAACUAAUCUGUGGUUUUGAUUCUGUUUUUUCUCGUUUCAGUAUAAAGUUUGUUUAUGGUGCCAUAUUUGAUGGAUUCCUAAGUUUCAAGGGGAUCAUCUAGAUUCUAGGUUAUCUUAUUCUAUUGGGUUAAAGUUCAUCGUUGUUACUGUUUCCGAUUUUGGUCGCAGCUCGAAAGAGAAAGUGUUAGAAGGGGAGGGGAGACUUAUUGUUUGUUUGUUUCUGAAUGGUUGAUUUCUCUCUGUGAAAAAGUAGUGCUGUGAGUUGUAGUAAAGAUAGACUUAACCCCCUUAAGGACCAAACUUCUGGAAUAAAAGGGAAUCAUGACAUGUCACACAUGUCAUGUGUCCUUAAGGGCUUAAACAAAUAUUCACCUCCUGUCAUGGGGACAGUGACAAUGAAAUUAAGAUUAUAGGUAUACUAAAGUUAGCAAAUUCUGCAAUUUCAAUUGCACUUUUUGCCUAACCAACCAGUUUUAUGUGGUAUUAGAUACUUUGUUUCUCUUGCUAUUUUUUUUUUAAAUAGUAUUUUUUACUUGUUCUGGUAUCUGAUUAGGUAUUUUUAUGCUACUCUCCUUAUUUAUGUUUUAUGUAUUGACUUUACCUCAGUGAAUCACCCUAUGUUUCUUUUUGGUGAGUGGCAUUAUAACAGCAUCUCCUAGAGUCCUUUAUUAUUUAUUAAUCAAACCUUUUCAAUAUUUUUAGGAUAUAUAAAUAUAUUUGAUAGAUUUCUGUACUCUUCUUUUUCAUCCCAUCUUGCUGGUGUGUUACUAUUCUUUAUGUUUUGUUGUGUAUGUAUUUAUGUGAGUGUGUGAUCUUAUGUCUGUUUGCAUGGGACUUUGCGUUACUGUGUGUAUGCAUGUAUGUAACUUUCAUAGGCGUGCGCAGCCUAUUGCAUUAGGGUGUGCACCCUAAAGCACAAGCACACGCCGCAUAUAUAUAUGUAUGUAUGUAUGUAUAUAUAUAUAUAUACAUACACAUAUAUACACACAUACACACACUGGUUUGUGUGUGUGUGUGCUGUGUGAGGGUGCUGUUAGUGUGAUGUGUGUGUGUGACGGUGCUGAUAGUGUGCUAUGUGGGUAAGGGUGUUUGUGUGUGCGUGCUUGUGAGGAUGCUGUUAAUGUACUGUGUGUGAGGCUGCUGUUUGUGUGUGUGUGUGCGCUUGUGAGGGUGCUGUUAAUGUACUGUGUGUGAGUGUGCUGUUUGUGUGUGAGGGUACUGGUAGUGUGCUGUGUGUGUGUGAGGGUGCUGUUUGUGUACUGUGUGUGAGGGUGCUGUGUGUGUUUGUGAGGGUGCUGUAUGUGUGUUGGUGCUGUCUAUGUCUGUGGGUGCUGUUUAUGUCUGUGGGUGCUGUGCCUGUGGGUGCUGUGUCUGUGGGUGCUGUGUCUGUGGGUGCUGUGUCUGUGGGUGCUGAAUGUCUGUGGGUGCUGAAUGUCUGUGGGUGCUGAAUGUCUGUGGGUGCUGAAUGUCUGUGGGUGCUGUAUGUAUGUGGGUGCUGUAUGUAUGUGGGUGCUGUGUAUGUCUGUGGGUGCUGUGUAUGUCUGUGGGUGCUGUGUAUGUCUGUGGGUGCUGUGUAUGUCUGUGGGUGCUGUAUGUGUGUGGGUGCAGUAUGUGUGUGUGUGCUGUAUGUCUGUGGGUGCUGUAUGUCUGUGGGUGCUGAAUGUGUGUGGGUGCUGAAUGUGUGUGGGUGCUGUAUGUCUGUGGGUGCCGAAUUUGUGUGGGUGCUGUAUGUCUGUGGGUGCUGUAUGUCUGUGGGUGCUGUGUAUGUCUGUGGGUGCUGUAUGUGUGUGGGUGCUGUGUAUGUCUGUGGGUGCUGAAUGUGUGUGGGUGCUGUGUAUGUCUGUGGGUGUUGUAUGUGUGUGUGCUGUAUGUGUGUGUGGGUGUUGUAUGUAUGUGUGUGUUGUAUGUGUGUGGGGUGUGAUUGUGGGGGUGGAGGUGGGGGUACAUUACUUGCUAUCCCCCCUCCCUUCUUACCUUUUGUAGGGAGGGGGGAUCCUUGUUGCUGCUGAUUCCAUCCCUGGUGGUCCAGUGGAGAGUGAACUCUAGCCCCUGUGGGGCUAGAGUUCACUCUCGCGAGAUUUGAGCGUUGCCGUGGCAAUGCUUAUAUCUCGCGAGAGGAACCCGGCGGAGCUGCCGGCAAUUGCUCCGCAGAUCCUCUCCUGCCUCCUGCCUCCCUCCCUGCGUGUGGGUCAGUGGGGAGGGAGGCGCUCGGAUAGCCCUGGCUCUGCAUGAGCCCUGGCUCAGCAGGUCUCAAUUUACAUAGGCAUGCUGCUGGGAUUAGGGUGUGCCCAGGCACACCCGGCACACCCCGUGCGCACGCCUAUGGUAACUUUAUGAUAGCAUGUCAAUCAGGGCCGGACUGGGAAAAAAAUUAGGCCCGGGCAUUUUUCAAUCAGAGCGGCCCCCUAAGAAGAGGGCGGGGCCAGAGUGUGUGUGUUUUGUCAUCACUAAUGACAACACGCCCCCUCUCAAAGUGAGCAUGUUGGUUCAAUGCCCAGAGCCCUGCUGAAGAGCUCUGGCAUUAGAAAAAGGCCCUGAAUUUGUUCUGCGCAGCGCAAGCAAAUGUAAUAACAUGCUUGUGCUGUGUUUGCUUUUAAAUUGUCUCUGGUGUUUCCACAAGUGGGAUACCAGAGGACAAAAGGGCCAGGAAAGUGCAUGGUGCAUAUGUUUGGAGCCUGCUUGUGGGAUUGCAUGGGUGUAGAGAGUGGUGUGGUAUUGUAUAAAUAGGUCAAUUUAAUUUGUGUUUGUGGUGUAAUAUGUGUGGCUAGGGGCUGUAGAGAGUGUGUGUAUAGGGGGUAUAGUUUUAUAGGGGAUGCAGCGAGUGUGUGCAUACGGGCUGAAGUGUGUGUGUAUAGGUGACGUAGUGUGUGUAGGGGUUGCAGAGAGGGUGUGUUUAGAGAAUGUUGUAUGUGUUUGCUGACAAGGAAUGUAGUGUGUGUGUAGGAGAUCUACUGUGUAAAGGACCCAGUGUGUGUGUGUGUGUGUGUAUAGAGUGCAUAUAGAGUAAGGGAUCUAGUGUGUAUCUGGAGCGUAAUGUGUGUAGUGGUGCAGUGUGAGGGGUGCAUGUAUAUAUAUAUUUGGACUUAUUGUAUGUGUGAGGGGCGCAGUGUGUGUAUGUAAGAGGGGUGCUGUGUGUGAGGGUGGUUUUAUCUGCUGUCACAUUCUAGGUUUCUAAUUUUCUUUGUCUGUUAACUCACUGAGGGUUAUUUUAUAUAUAUAUAUAUAUAUAUAUAUAUAUAUAUAUAUAUAUGUGUGUGUGCUGUAUGUGUGUCUCUGUGGGUGGGGGGCGCUGUGUGUGUCUGGGGGUGCUGUGUGUGUCUGGGGGUGCAGUGUGUGUAGUGUGUGCGCUGUGUGUGGGGGUGCUGUGUGUGUCUGGGGUGCUGUGUGUGUGUGUGUUUUGGGGGUGCUGUGUGUGUCUGGGGGCUGUGUGGGGGCUGUCUCUGUCUGGGGGUGCUGUGUGUGUCUGGGGGUGCUGUGUGUGUCUGGGGGCUGUGUGCUGUGCUGUGUCUGGGGGCUGUGUCUGGGGGGUGCUGUGGGGUACUGUGUGUGUCAGUGAAUGUAUUUUUUUAUUUAAAUUUAAAUAUAUAUUUUUUUAAUAAUAAAAAAAAUAAAAUAAAAUAAAAUUAUCCCCCCCCCUCCCUUCUUACCUUUAUCCUGGGAGGGGGGGGAGCCGUGCCGUUCUGCCUGGGGGGUGGGGAGCCGUUCUGCCAUCCUUCCCUGGUGGUCCAGUGGUGAGAGUGAACUCUAGCCUGCAGGUUAGAGUUCACUCUCGCGAGAUCUGAGCGUUGCUGUGGUAACCGCGGCAACGCUCAGAAUCCCGCGAGAGGACCCGGCGGAGCUGCUUGUUAGAGCUCCGCCGGGUCCUCUCUCCUCCCUCCCUCCCCAGCCGGCGGCCGCAUUUCCAUGCCUCUGGGCUGGUGAGGGAGAUCUUUGAUCUCCCCACCGGCCCACGGAGGCACACAGCAGGGCCGGCACUCGGAUAGCGCUGGCCCUGCAGGGGCCGGCCGGGGAGAUCCUGUAAUCUCCCUGCCGGCCUCGGCCCCACGGCCAUCGCGGCCCACCGGGCAUUUGCCCAGUAUGCCCGAUGGCCAGUCCGGGCCUGAUGUCAAUCCAUGUAUGCAUGUGACUCUGUGUAUGACUGUGUCUAGGAAUGAUUGUGACUCUAUGUGUGAUUGUGUGUCUAUGUAUGUAGGUGACUGAUUUCUUGAUUGUUUGUCUAUAUACACAUGUGAAUGUGCAUGAAUAGAAGUGUGUGUCUAUGUUCGUGUUUGUGUGUGCCAUUUUUUGUUUGUGAAUGUUUGUGACUGUGUGUGUAUGUUUGUAUGAAUGAAUGAACGAUAGUGUAUCUAUGUGUAUUGCUAGUAAUUUAUAUUUGUGUAUGUGAAGACAGUAAGUAUAUGUGGAGUAUAUGCAUUGACUGGUCUAUAGUGGCCAAAACGUAAAUACAUAGUACUUGUAACACUGUUCCUGCAGAACCACACAAAGUGAAAAAUUAGAAGCUGUCUGCCCAGGGCCGGCGCGUCCUACAGACGACUUAGGCAGUUGCCUAGGGUGCACUGGUCUGGGGGGUGCCAGAUUUUAGUGACCGGUCAGAAGGGCAGUGCUCCCUCCUACCCGUCACUUAGUGUAGCGUGGCUCACUGAGCGAGCACUUCCUUUCAGUCCGGCCUGGUACAGGAAACAGAAGCUCCUGUACUGUGGUCCACACCACCUGGCCAAGCUACAGAGAUAGGUAGGAGGCAGGCACAACAGGGAGGGAGGACCACGAAGAGGAGGGGAAGGACCACGAAGAGGAGGGGGAGGACCACUAAGGCGUUGGGGGAGAGGGAUGACCACUAAGGUGUUUGGGGGGAAGACCACUAAGAGGUAAGGGGGGAGAACAACUAUUUAGGAGGGUCCUUGGCAUGUUGAUCCUGUCUGGGAAGCCGGUUGUAACCUGUAAAGAAAAACUGAAUAUAUAUAUAUAUUUAUAUAUAUGAAGAAAACACAAACAACUUUAAUUGAAUUGCUUUCCAAAACCUAAGUUUUAUUUUAAUUUACAGGUUAGUUAUUUUAUUCCCCCCUCACUAUUUUUAGGGUGAGGGGGAUAGGUAGGGGAGAACUCAGGGGUGGGGGCCAGGGGGGAGGACAGUAGGUCCCCCCCAUUGUUAUUUAGGGCCCCCACCCACCGCUCAGGGGUGAGGGCCAGGGGGGAGGACAGUAGGUCCCCCCUCAAUGUUAUGUAGGGCCCCCACCCGCUGCGCUGGGGUGGGGGCCAGAGAGGAGGACAGUAGGUCCCCCCUCAUUCCUAUGUAGGGCCCCUACCCGCCGCGCAGGGUGGGGACUGGGGGGGAGGACAGUAGGUCUCCCCCUCAUUCUUAUUUAGGGCCCCCACCCGCCGUGCAGGGUGGAGGCCGGGGUGGAGGACAGUAGGUACCCCCUCAUUCUUAUGUAGGGUCCUCACCCGCUGUGCAGGGGAAGGGGGGAGGACAGUAGGUCCCCCCCCCAUUGUUCUGUAGGGCCCCCACCUGCCAUGCAGGGGUGGGGGCCAGGGGGGAGGACAGUAGGUCCCCCCUCUCAUUCUUAUUUAGGGCCACCACCCACCUUGCAGGGGUGGGGGCCAGGGGAGAGGACAGUAGGUCCCCCCCUCAUUGUUAUUUAGGGCCCCUACCCACCACUCAGGGGUGGGGGCCAGGGGGGAGGACAAUAGGUCCCCCCCCCUAUUUUACUUUAGGGCCGUUCAGGGGUGGGGGCCAAUGGGUUUUUAUUUAUUUUUAAAAAGGGGCAUGUCUAGUAAACUGGCUGCUCACUGUUUACUAGACAUGCCCCUACUCGCUGAAUAUACUAAUACUAAGUAAUCUUUACUUAGUAUUAGUAAAUGUGGCUGAAAGACCAAUUUAGGUAUAUAGCUCCCUAAUACCGUGCCGCCACAAUGAAUAGGAUCAGAGUUUUAUUCAUUCAAAUGAAAUUGCGAUACAAAGAAAGUCCCGAAUUGCGUUCUAACAUGAAUGGAGAAACUGUUCUCAUUCUGUUAGGACGCAAUUCGGCAGCUUUGUCAAACGCUUGUUGAUUAGCUAUCCUGCAGCUGUUCAAAACGCGCCAUUAAAUCACCGAACACCGAACUCGAACUGUUACUGAAAUGUCCGGGUUCGCGUUCGGGGUCAAAAAAUCUUAAUGUUCGGUACGAACCCGAACUUUACAGUUCGGGUUCGCUCAACUCUAAUUGCAACGCCAAUGUCGCUGGACCUGUUGGCUAAGUCCUUCCAUGUGGGUCUUGGUGGUCUGUAGCUGAUCAUCUCAAGCUCUUUCCCUCUCCUCCACUCAUUUGAGCUUCUGUUGGAUAGUUACUAGCUUUUGUUGGGUCUCCUGGAGGUCAGUCUUAUAAACUUUGCGCAUAUGUACGAGCAGCCAUUUUAUAUGCCCCUUCACUGAGCGAGAUGAGUCAUCAUCAGUAUCUGCCUACCGGUAAGCUAAACUCUGUUGGGGUGAGGCAAGUAGCUCCUUAUCCUCCAAGUAUUCAUCUGAGGCUUCCUUGUGGCAGGCACUAUCUUUGGAGGCGCCAGCGAUGUAGGCAGCUCGAAAGGGAGUCUAAUAUCUUGCAGUUUAGAAGGACUUGGUGGGUAAAACCUAUGGUGCUUGCACUCCUUUAUAUCUCUUGGGGGGUGAGAUUGUGUAGAGACUUCCAUGGAUUAUGAGAUCUAUAUAUAAUUGAUAUAAUCUCGGAGUAUAUGCAGAGCUUCACUAGAAGACAUCUUAGUCCCCAGACUCCUCUUUUUGACAAACUGAUUUGAGUAAUCUGCCAUAUCUAAUCAAGUGUGGGGAAAGGAAUGCCAAACCACCCAAACUAUCAAUGGUCUAGUGGUAUGGUAGUCAACAAAUUUCCAAAGGGUGUCACAAAAGUAAAACAAUGGGUCUUUGGGAAAUACACUUUGAGAAAAUUGUACAUUUUAAAGGCUAUAAACCCCGGCAUAAAUGAAAUGAAACUGAAGUUUUGUAAGAGAGCAGUGUGGGAGCACUUGUAGAAGUGAAGCAUGAGAUGAGCUGAAUCCAAAAUAUUGGUGGUAGAGCAGUUAGUUAAAGUUUGUGUUAGACUGAGAAGAAACUAGCACAAUGUAAAAAAAGGACAGUGCAAGGUAUAAUUAUCUGGAUAUUAAGUAAGGACAAGGAAAGGCAGCCAAUUAAAAGAUGGACUGAAUUAUAACAAUACUAAAAAUGGAAUACAACUGCAGCAAAAAUAAAGAACAUUAAAGCAUUUAACAACAUUUUCCUAGUUGAUCAACAGAUUUUUUAUGAAAAUAAAAAAUAACUAGGGUGGGCAUGUAUCAUCUUUUUGUAAUCUGUUAAAAAAAACAACAAGAUGAUCACAACAAGCUGGUCUGGGGUAAUAACAGUGUCAGAUAAACUGACAUUAUUAAAGCUAAGUCUAGGGUUUGACCGGAACUUCCAUUCCAUUUAAAGACCAUUUUUAUACCUGUGCUGCACAAGUUCAUAUUAAUUCCCCAAAGAGAGCUAUACUGGAAAGAUUCCUUUUCUAAUUAUCAAUGUACAAAUGUUUUUCCUUCUGCAUAGAAAUACUUUCUCAGAACUGUUUAUGACUAUUCUAUCACCAUAUAACUAUAUCUUCCUCUGUUUUAAUAUGCCCAUCUAUAUCAUUCUACUGUGUUUUUACUGCUCAGUUCUUUUACAUUAUGUGUUUCUGGUAUGUUUGCUGACUUGUUAAGUGUUUUUCUAAAAAUAAAUAAAGAAUGAAUUGCGUUUGGUAAGAAUUAAAUUUUUCUCAAUGUACCUGUCAACGCAAUAGCAUAAAUAAAAGUAAAAUAAUAAAUAUGCAUCUGUAUUAUUCCACUUUGUUCUUGCUGUUAAUAAUAAAGACUAGUAUUAAUUGUGUCAUGUAAUAAUUAAAAUCAUUUAAACUAAUUUAAAAUGAAACAUGUUAACAUCUAUAAAGCAAAUUUGAACCUCAUUAUACGAGACACACAUCAUGUUUAUAUGCAUAGUUAAUGUCAGGCAAAACAUAUUAACCCUUCCACUACCAAAAAAAAUGUACAAAUGUUUGUGAAAGAUGUGCCACUGUAUCCCAACAUGGUAUAAAUACAAAUGGCACCUGUAGCGGUGCUCCAACACCUAGCUUAGCUAUCUCUGCUAUUCCUUCCUCGAAGCUGAAAGAAGCAGUAUAAUAAUCCAAGACACUUUCCCACCAGCAACUAGACGAAACAUAGUUCUGGGAGUUCUAGGCAGGACAAAACUCAAGCGCCCCCUUCAUCCCCUAGCCACCCCACCCUUCCCCCCUGCCCCGCCUUCUAAAUACACACACAUUCACUGACAGAUACGGAUACAUUAGCUAACAGACAUACACACACACUGACACACACACUCACACUAACAGACAUACACUCACUCACUAACAGACACACACACUAACAGACCAACACACACACACUAACAGACACACACUCACUCACUAAUUAGUGUACAGACACACACUCACACACUGAGAUUGUGGAUUUGGGGUUUUCAUGAGCUGUAAGCCAUAAUCAUCGCACUUAUGACAAAUCACGGCUUGAACUAUCUUGCUUUGCAUGUCAUGCGUCUAUCUCAUAUAUUAGUUUCCCCUUUUACGUUGCAUUACUGAAAUAAAUGAACUUUUGCACGAUAUUCUAAUUUUUCGAGUAUCACCUGUAUAUGGGGGAAUUAUAGGCUAUGCAAGACAAUUUCAGAAUGCCUCAUAUGAAAAGGUCUGUACAUGUGUUUUAUUAUUCUUCAUGUUCUUAUUCUGUAUUGAUUUUUUUCCUGUUUUUAAAUAAGAAUCAAUGAGUGCUGCAUUAACAUAAGGGCUAAUGAAGAAUGAAUCAGAAUCCUAAUUUGCAUUUUUUGUUUUUAACUUUUUAUAUUUUUCCAGAAUCCAGUUGAAUACAAGAGUGGUAACCACAAAAAAACAAAAACAAAAAAAAAACAAAUAAAGACAAUUGAUAAAAAAAAACGUUGUCACAGUCUUCUACCACCUUCUAGUGCCUUCUAGUGCAGGGCACAUGGCACUAGAAGGUGGUAGAAGACUGUGACCACCUUUGGCUGCCCCAAGGCCAGUUUCCUCAAUGUGCCCAAUAUAUAUAUAUAUAUAUAUAUAUAUAUAUAUAUAUAUAUAUAGAUAGAUAGAUAGAGAGAGAGAGAGAGAGCUUUGCGUAUGUGAUUGGAUGGAUGAAUGUAAGUAGUUUGGCCUAUGACUGUAUGGUUUAUAUGACUAGUUACAUGGUUGGAUGGCAAUAAGUGGAAGGUGGGUGGGUGUAUGUUAUGUGGUUAAGUGUAUGAAUGUGACAGGGUGAGCGGGUAUGACUGGAAGGUGAGAUGGACUAUCUGACUGGGUGGAGAGAGGAAUAUUGUAAUUGGUUGGGUGGCUGAAUGGCAAUGUGUAUGUAGGAGCUUAUUUGUGUGGAAUAUGUGUGCAUAUGAAUGACAGGUGUAUUUAUGUAGAGUACUAGUGUGUGAACAUAGAGGUGUGGUUUAAUAGAGUGCCAGUGUGUGCAUGCAGGAGCAUAUUUGUGAUCAGUGAUCGUAUUUAAAACUUUGUCCUCCAAAUUAACAUCUGUACACUAAUAAAUUGCCCCACAACAAGUCAUGCAUUAUUGCAUGGUCUACUUUGAACAAAUAAAGAGCUUCUUCAGAAUAUACUGAGACAAUCAAAAAGUAAACAUUUCUACCUCAAAGAAGUCAGCAAUACAUGAACUUGCCCCCCCCCCCAUCCUUCACUUUAUUCCACUUCUCCGUUAUCUGGCGUAUCAAUCAUUGUAAUCUAUUGUCCCAGUAGCAUGUCCCUGAAGUCUACUGUGUCCAUGAACAAAGUCCACUGGGUCCAGACUGCCAGGUCCCUUGUGUGUAACCCUCAGCACCAAACACCAACUUCUCAAUAGAGAGUAAUUAUUCAAUUCACUAGUACCAUAGACUAAGGGGUGGGUGCACUUUUUUCAGGUAAGAGGUAUAAGGCUUUAAGCCACAUUUAUUAUGCAUAUAGUCAUUGAUUUUUUUUAUAUAACAGUUCACGGGUAGUUGUGUGGUGUAGUAGCAUAGGCAUCUGUCCCUAAUUAUCUCUCAUGCCUUCUAUUCAUUUAUCUCCCCUUCACAUGUGUUCCUCUCCCCAUCCCCCAUUUAUGCCCCGCUCCCCAUAACUUUCCCUUUCUCCAAUUGUUUCCCUCUUCUCAUUACUCAUUACUUCACUUGUUACCUUCUUCUUUUUCCAUCCCUCUCUUGUUACCCCUUCCUUCCCCCAUUUCUCACUUGUUCCCCUCUUUAUCCCCAUCCCUUAUUUGCUGCAUCGGGUGCCAGGCGAAAAGGGGAAAGAGCUAUUCUCCUUCUUGCCUGAACAUUCCCACUGUACAACCUCUCCUGAAUGCUGCCCAAGGCCAUGGCUUUGGUCGCCUAAUGCGAAAUCCGUCCCUUUGCAUGUGUCAAAUAAAUCACGAGAUGAGUUGGCAGGGAACCUGUAGGUGGGUUCUCCUGCUCACCUUGUAACUCAGUUCUAGACGUAGAUUUCUAUGUUGAGAAUUCAUUGACUGAAAUGGGACAGAUUAUAUAUAUAUAUAUAUAUAUAUAUAUAUAUAUAUAUAUAUAUUGAAUGGGGCCCUUCAGUGAGUCUACUGAAAAUGAGGGAGUUUAUUGAAGUUGAGUGAGACUAUUGAAAACUAAUUAUUGGCUAAAAUAAUGGAGUUAGAGCACCCAUAUCAAGUAGGGCAAGGUAGCCAUUUCAAGUGCCUUUUCAAGGUCUAGGCUAAUAAGGGAAGGAUGAGCCGACUUUAACUCUUCCUAACCUGCCCUUGCCAUAGCUGCCUGUGCAAUCCUGACCCCCAGCACAGCAUAUCAGCUCUGAGCAAAAUCCAGUUAAUAUGAGUAGACACAAUGUCUGGAAGAAAGGACUGAAGUCUGUUGGCUAUAAUUUUGGUAAGUUUGAUGUCUAAGUUAAGGAGGAUGAAGGGUCCCUAUCCGGCUUAGGAAGGGGGACUGUGCGGACUUGAUUCAAGGUGUCUAUUGGGAGACCUUCCAGAUAAGGAGUUGUGAGAAUAGGACAAAUAUGUUUUUUCAAUAGUUUAUAAUAUUUAGCCGUAACAGAUAGCAGAGUUUGAAUCCGGUACUUGGGUUGGCUAUAUGGUCAAGCAAUUUCCCUGAUGUUCCGCCUCACAGAAAGAAGUGUUGCAUUUGAAAGUUGAGUUCGGAUUGUGAAUGGUUAGCAAUAAAUGUGGGUAGCAUAUGCUUCAAUCUAGGUAAUAUUGCCAGAAUGGGGCCUGAGAGAUAUGGUGUGUUCAAGUGUUUGAGGUCAUGAUAUAGGACAUGAAAAUCUUGAAGCCAUUUUUUUAUUUUGGUAGAGGCAGUUUAAGAGAUUGAGUCCCUGCAUGACAAUCUUGGACAUCACCCAGAGCAACUUGGGGUCAGAAGCAUUUUCUAUUUCAUUAUCAAUAAAGUUUGAAAAGACUGUUGAUUAGAUAAGUGUGCUGGGAAAUGCCAAUGUCUUGUGAACUGGGGGGAGGGCAAAGCUGCUACUGUUAGAGUAAUUAGGUUGUGAUCUGAAAUACGAAAAAGUUCAAUCAUGGUUGUGGCAAGAUAGGACAGGAUGGUCAGUUGUCAGGGAUAUGUCCAGUCUGGAAAGAGAAUCAUAUACUGCAGAAUAGAAGGUGCAAUCCCCUUCCCUGCCAUGCAAAAUUCUCCAAGGUUCUUGAAGGUUAUGGGAGGCGGCAAAGUGAAAGAGUUGGUGGUCAUUGUCAGGAGUAGUGGUGGGACCUCUCAGGGAUCUGUCAUUAGAAGGGUCGAGGACAGCCUUAAAGUCAACUCCAGAAAUGUGCAGGUUUUAGCUCUAUUUGAGACAAUAACAAGAAGAGCUUUGCAUAAUAUGGAGCAGCCGUAGAAUGCAAUAACAGACAUCAUCAAUAGUUAGACAAUAGGAUGUACUGGCCUUCUUGGUCGAUCUCACAGCUAUGUAGCACAUGGUGCAGAGCAGUAUAAAAAUAAAUCGUCACUCCCUAAGCUGUCUGAAGUGAAAAAUUCCUGUGAAAAAAAGCUGGGCAAAUAAUGAAACACCCUCAGCAACAUGAGGGUUUAUUAUGUAGUGGCUGGUCACCGCUUGCUAGCCAGCUGCCACAUGAAAAUAGUAAAAAUAAAUAAAUAAAUACAAAUCAAUAGGACUUUCAUAUUGCUAUAAUGGCACCAUAACCACUACAAUAUGAUGUAGUGGUUUUGGUCCUUGAAGUGUUCUUUCACUGUAAAGAACUGCUCUGCUUACAUAGUGCUCAAGCUCUAAGAUAUACAGACAUACAGUUCAACCUUUCUUUUUCUGUUGUCAUCUGUGCUGUAAAUGAAUCAUUUAUAUAUUUCAUUUUAGUUUCUGUUUCUCUUUAUAUUCCCAGGUUCAAUGCUCGCAGUUUGCGUUGGGCCCGAGCCAUGAUAUUUGCAAUUAAUGAAAUAAAUCAACGCAUUGACAUUCUUCCAAGAAUAACGCUAGGAUAUCAGAUUUUUGAUACAUGUUUCACUAUUUCAAAAUCAGUCGAAGGCACACUGUCAUUUCUUACAGGACAAAAUGAAACCCAUCCGAAUUUCCGCUGUAGCGCUGGAGCUCCUCUUGCAGCUGUUAUUGGAGCUGGGGGAUCAGCUUUAUCUAUAGCAACCGCUAGAAUCCUUGGACUUUACUAUUUUCCUCAGGUAAAAGUUUGUUUUAAAAUCUUGAAAACUAAAGUAAGGAACCAAUAAAAAGGAGUGAAGCCAAUUUUAUAGAAACAAGACAUCUUAGCCAAUGAACUCUAUGCAUCUUCCACCAAAGUAUGUCUGAUUUGGCCUAGAUUAUUAAGUAACUAUGUAACCAUGUCAUUGUGUUUGUUGUUACUUCUUAGGUGGGCUACGCUUCUUCCUGUUCUGUCCUCAGUGACAAGUUCCAGUUCCCGUCCUUUACUCGCACAAUACCCAGCGACAUAUACCAGUCCAAAGGCAUUGCUGAACUUGUCACAUAUUUUGGGUGGACCUGGGUGGGAACAAUCGCUGCAGAUGAUGAUUAUGGGAAGUACGGCAUAAAGCUAUUCAAAGAAGAAGUAGAAAAAAAUGGCGUUUGCAUAUCUUUUUCAGAGACACUCCCAAGAAUAUAUAACAAAGAAGCAAUAGAUAAGAUUGUGGGCGAAAUAAGGAAAUCCUCAGCUAACAUCAUCAUUAUCUUUUCCUCUGAUAUAGAUUUGAGUGCAUUAAUGGAUGCAAUAGCAGAAACAAACAUCACAGGCAAAACCUACAUAUCUAGCGAGGCCUGGACAACAUCAGCAUUGAUAGCAAAGCCGAGUAAUUAUAAAUUUCUUUGGGGAACGGUUGGUUUUGCGGUUAGGAAAGCUUUAAUACCAUCUUUUGAAAAUUUCCUCCACGAGCUACACCCAGAAAACAGUACAGAUGACCUAGUGUACGAAUUCUGGGAGGAAGCUUUCAAUUGUACCUGGAGAACAAAUAAAGCAGCAUUUUAUACCAACAUAAGCUCCGAAGCCAACGCAGCUGGAAGGAGAAGAAACAUUUCACCGCAGCUGUGCACUGGAAACGAGAAUCUUAGAUCUAUACAGAAUACGUACACAGAUGUAUCUGAGUUACGGCUAACAUACAGUGUUUACAAGUCUGUGUAUACAAUUGCCAAUGCUUUGCAUGAUUUAGAUAUUUGUGUAAAUGGUCAUGGACCUUUUCCAAAUAAUGAAUGUGCAGACGUACUUAACUUUGAGCCAUGGCAAGUAAGUGUGUUUUACGUUACUUUACUUUAUACUCUAUGAAUGUGUAUAUAUAUAUAUCACAGAGAUGGUGAUCACUUUCGAUUCAGCAUGUUAGAAUACCAUCUAAUGUAUAUAUAUUGAUACCUUAGAGAGGGUUCAGAGAAGGGCUACUAAACUGAUUCAAGGAUUGCAGGAUAAAACUUACCAGGAAAGGUUAAAGGAUCUUAACAUGUAUAGCUUGGAGGAAAGACGAGACAGGGGGGAUAUAAUAGAAACAUUUAAAUAUAUAAAGGGAAUCAACACAGUAAAGGAGGAGACUAUAUUUAAAAGAAGAAAAACUACCACAACAAGAGGACAUAGUCUUAAAUUAGAGGGACAAAGGUUUAAAAAUAAUAUCAGGAAGUAUUACUUUACUGAGAGGGUAGUGGAUGCAUGGAAUAGCCUUCCAGCUGAAGUGGUAGAGGUUAACAGAGUAAAGGAGUUUAAGCAUGCAUGGGAUAGACAUAAGGCUAUCCUAACUAUAAGAUAAGACUAGGGACUAAAGAAAGUAUUUAGAAAAUUGGGCAGACUAGAUGGGCCGAAAGGUUCUUAUAUGCCGUCACAUUCUAUAAUGUUAUGUGCCAUCUGUGGUCAAAACAUAUACAAAGUAUUAUUUAUUGGGAACACCUAUUUAAUGUACAUUAUGUACCAAAACAGCCUUCAAUUAUCUGUUAGAUUAAAUUUAACAAAUAGAGUAAAUCUAGAAAGGGACCUUAUUCAUAGUUUGCUUGAAUGUGGAAGUGUUAUAAUAAAUUAAAUAAAAAAUUAAUGCAAGCACAACAGUGUGUGUAAGGCACAUAAAUCAAUAUCCAGUGCAAAAAAAAAAAAAAAAAAAACAUUUAAAUUGUCAGCUGCAUGCACUAUCACUAUCACAAUGAAAUAAGUGAUGUUCUACGAGCUGUGACCUACAAAGUAUAACAUAAGAUAUAUAUUUAUUUCUUACUCUUGUACAAUGCAUUAAAACUUAUGAUACAAAAUCAAUAUAGCAGAGUGCAGAUUACGCCACAGGUUGUAAAUACAACCUUUGUCAGUGCAAAUCCUUUGUGGUUAAACUCACAUAUAUCAGAGUCUUAGGAUUAAAUGCAUUUGUAGGAGAGGGAUAUUUCACCCUUAUUGCACUUUCAAAGGCUUAACUCUCAGAUAAUGAGAAAAAAAUAUAAGGAUUCAAUAACGCUAUAACGUUUAACAAUUUUAUUCAUUUACAAUAAAUAAAAAUCCUUGCUUAAAACAUAUGUAAACUCCUAAUUUAAAACAAUCCACAAAAGACAUUCAGAAUUUAGCGGAUCCAGCUCCUUUCCAAAGCGAUGGUUAUAGUAUACACAUAUUUAAAUAUUAACAUAAUGCACAGUGCAUACAUUAAGAUACGUGUAUAUAUGUGUAUAUCCAUAAUACUAAGUACAGAUUAAGAAACAGCGCAUACAUUCACGCAAAAUUACAGUUUUUGAUUUUAGUUUUUAUGUAAAACACCAAUCUUAACAAACAAAUAAGGGGAUUCAGUUACACCACAUGUCUAUAUUGUUUUAAGCCCAGCACUACCUAACACAAUAUGCCAUAUAUUUUUGUUAACAAAGGUAAUUUCAUUACAUAAAAAUAUACAAUCUACAAUAAAAACAUGAAAGCGAACCACAUAUUGUGUAAUAAAGUUAAACACCAUAAAAGGGAUUGGGGAUAUAUUGCACUCACAAACUAAAAAUUGUCUACUGUCAAUUUUACCUUUUUAUGCUUUUUAUUUUUUUCAUGCUUUGUUAUUUCCAUUAGUGGUGCUCACUUUGGGUCAUAGUUUCUAAUAGGUGAUUUUAAGAAGCCUUGUAAAAUUUAAAACUGUAAUUAACUCAUUAAUCAAACAAUUUUUUUGUGUGUGCGCACGAUGUUCCUUAAUCUGCAUUUUGUAUAUAUUUCGGUCUUUAUGGCAGCAUCACUACUAAGAAAUGCAUGUUCCCGGUGUGUGUCCCAGUUCCCUUUUUUCUGUGUGUAUUUUGAAUCCAGACCAGUUUCCCUUUGGGUUGAGCCAUAGGUUUGUAGGUAACUACAGGAGUAUUGUAACUGUUAGCUGUUCAUCUCCCAUGUUAAAAUUAGUAUAGGACGCCCUGAUAUUGGGGUACUGUGACAUAGUGGUGAGCUUAACUUGAUAUGGCCAUAUGGUAAUAUGGUAGAACUGAAUCCCCAUAUUUGUUUGCUAAGAUUGGUGAUUUUAAGUAGCCUUGUUAAAUUUAAAACUCAUUUUUUGUGUGUGAUAUGCUCCUUAAUUUGUAUUUUGUAUAUAUUUUGGGCUUUACGCCAAAAUCACUACUAAUAAAUGCAUGCUCCGAAUGUGCUACCCCAAUUCCCUUUUUUCUAUAUCUAUAAUACUCUCAGUAAUUGCAUAAUUUUAAGAAAAUAUAUUGUUUUGUUUGUUUUUUUUAAAUCAAACUUUGCCCUUCUCAAUGCAACAACACACAAUUUUUUUCUUUGACACACACUCUGGACACACAAUCAUUGACCCACACAUCAUACAUUCUGACACACACACUCUGACACACACUAACACACACUCUCUGACCCAUAUAGAUACUCCUUACUCACACACACGCAGAAUAAAUCGCACACACUCAUCCCUUUUCAUUCAAAUAAGAUAUUCGCUCACCCACAUACAAGAUAGUCCCAUAGAAUAUUUUACUUACCAGCAGCCUUGAUGGGCCAGCACCGGGUCUGCAGCUUGUCCUUUUACUUCUUCUUUAUUCAAGCAUGACUGCGUCCGCUGAGAUAUAAUGACUGCAUAUUAAGAUAAAAUGGAACAGGUUUGAGGUGUUGAAUACUAGUUUUUUAUUAUUUAUAACAUGCUUUUAAUAUUUACAAUUCUCAUUAACAUAUUGUUCUUUAUCUGUGUUUUUCUACAGUUGAUGUACUACUUGAAAAACACAAAAUUCUCUGUCUUCUCUAAUGAAUCUCUAAAGUUUGAUGAGUUCGGUGAUGUAGAUGGCUAUUAUGAUAUUUUAAACUGGCAGUGGGCUUCCAAUGAGUCCUUAGUAUUUUCAAAAAUUGGACGUUAUACUGCCACUGGUAGCGGAGCAACCUUUGAACUCAGGAUAGACAAUAGUUCAAUAAUCUGGAAUACCCCAACUGGACUGGUAACAAAAUAGUUCAUUGUAUCCCGUAAAUUACCAAAAGCAUGCUAGACAUGAUCCUUAUGGAGUUAAUAGUAUACUUUUAUUUUAAUUUUAUUUUUCAAUCAUUGCAAUCAGGCGUCAUUAAAUUAUUGGAAGCGUUUUGAUAACUUGAAUAGUUUUCCUUCUUACAGAUGACACAAAACAAGAACAUUCUUACAAUGUUACAAACGGGAGGAAAUAAACAUAAUUAUAAAGUAGAAAGAAUAAAUGAUUUUCUCUAGCUACUCUUAAUUCAGAAAAUUAUCUUUGUUCCUUUUUAAUCAUCACCAAUAUAAUUCUUUUUUUUUUUUUUUUUAUAUAGAUUCUUCAGUACAUAAAGAAGGCUCUAACACAAUCAUGGUUUUUCUUAAAAGUGAGAAUUCAAAAUAAAAGUAAAUGGGAGGUUUUAUAAUUUGGCUAUUUUUAUUCUUUGAAAUCACUUUGAAUUUCCAACAAUUCUCACUUUAGUGAAUAACCCUGUAUAAAUGCAUUCUUUAAACAAUGAAAGUUCAAACUCACAGGGUUCUUUACUGACAGGGUUAUUCACUGACAGGGUUAUUCACUCGCAGGGUUAUUCACUCGCAGGGUUAUUUACUGACAGGAUUAUUCACUCACAGGGUUAUUUACUGACAGGGUUAUUCACUCACAGGUUAUUCACUAGUAGGGUUAUUCGCUGACAAGGUCAUUCACUGGCAGGGUUAUUCACUGACAGGAUUAUUCACUGACAGGAUUAUUCACCCUCAGGGUUAUACACUGACAGGGUUAUUCCCUCGCAGGGUUAUUCACUAACAGGGUUAUUCACUGACAGGAUUAUUCACUCGCAGGGUUAUUCACUGACAGGGUUAUUCCCUCGCAAGGCUAUUCACAGGCAGGGUUAUUCCCUCACAGGAUUAUUCACUGGUAGGGUUAUUCACUGACAGGGUUAUUCACUCGCAGGGUUAUUCACAGGCAGGGUUAUUCCCUCACAGGUUUAUUCACUGACAGGAUUAUUCACUGGUAGGGUUAUUCACUGACAGGGUUAUUCACUGACAGGGUUAUUCAGUAAAGAAAGAACUCAAAGUAAAUCUAAAAUUUAAGGCCAGAGUAGCCAAACUGGAAGUAUAGCUGAGUUGGAGAAUUUUUCCAGUGGAGCUACUCUGGCCUUAAAUUUGAAAUUCACUUUUAAUUUUUACUUUAGGGAAUCAUCUUGUAAAGUGUGACUUGUCUGGAGUUCAAAGCAAAUUCAAAAAAUGUAUACCACAAUGGCAAAUUUGGAAAUUUAUUUUGAAUUCACACUUUGGUGAAUAUUCCCAUCUGUAAAGAAUGCAACGUGAUUAGAACAAAAUCAGAGUUUACUAACAAAAUGCUUUUUUUGUGUGCUAUCUUUAGCCUCCUCGUUCUGUGUGCAGUGAAAGUUGUAUUCCUGGGACAAGAAAAGGCAUUAGGCAAGGGGAGCCGGUUUGUUGCUUUGACUGUAUCGCAUGUGCAGAUGGUGAAAUAACCAACGAGACAGGUAUCAUAGUGAUUAUGCCCUUACCUCUAUUUUCCUGAUAAAUAUAUUUUCAAUUUUUUUGUCAAUCUUUGUUUUAUUGAGUUAAAUAUAAUAACAUUACAAGAAUUCAAGAUACAAUAGACAGGAGUAGCUUGGUAGAUUAGCAAUACCUAAUUGUUUGUAUUAUUAACAGGCUAUAACAGUAGGAUAUACAGCAGAUAAUCCACAGAAGCCCAACACAUCCUAUCAUUUCUGCAGCCUAGAUUUUACUAAUUAAAUCAUGUGAGGAUAAGGCAAAUUAGGGUAGCCAAAGUAGUUAUUUAACGGAGCAAUAGAUAACAGCUUAAGAGGGUUAGGUGCAGGGCCGGCCCGUCCAUAGCCCGCAGUGGAGCCACGGCUCCAGGCAGCACUCUGACAGGGGCGGCAUUUUGUAAGUUAGGCGGCCGCCUAAGGUCUCGCGGCCACCUAACUCACCAUAGGGCAGGCAGACUGUGUCAGGUCCUCUGUCUUUCACUGAGGACGCAACACCAGGAAGGGGCCCGGCAUGGGCACCAGGAAGGAAUGCUGCCGGGUGCGAGACCCCUCCAGUCUGCCCUGAGAGGCAGAGAGCCAGCACAGUCUGCAGCUCCGCCUGGUGUGAGCUGCAGACUGUGCAGUGUCUCACGAUCUCUGGCCAAUCAGAUUGUUGCCGCAGGUUACCACGGCAAUGCUCUGACUUCUGGAUAUUGCUAGACACUGCACAGUCUGCAGCUCACACCCGGCUUUCAGCCUCUUAUGGCAGAUUGGAGAGACAGCCCUCCGGACCACCAGGGAUCAAAGACACAAAAAUAAAGGUAUUUUUUUUUCAAUUAAAAUCCCCUCCCUCAUUGUCACCCCACCCCACUGUGUCACCCCCUCCCUCUCUCAGUCACUCUGCCACCCCCUCCCUUACUGUGUCACCCCCUCCCUUACUGUGUCACCCCCUCCCUCAGUCACUCCAACACCUGUCACCCCCUCCCUUCCUCAGUCACUCUGCCAUAUCCUCCCUUACUCUGUCACCCCUCCCUCCCUUCCUCAGUCCUUUUUGCUUGGUGUAGUUUUGUUGGAGAUAGGUGUAGAGGGGGCAGCAUUUCAUCCUUUGAUCCAGGCAGCACAAUGCCUUGUACCAGCCCUGGUUAGGUGGCACCCCAACACCACAGCGAGACACUCCUGGGGUUAAUACAAGGAAUACAUGCUGUUCUCACACUAUUACUAAUACGAGCCUAGAGCCCUCGUGUGAGACCUUGAGAGUGCAUCAACUGAUUAAAUAACCACCAGAUGGUGUCAGCCAUAUGUUACAUUAGUAUUUAAAACAUAUCAAAAGAGUAGAAAACUAGGGUAGUAGUGUAGGGAUCAGGUGUAACUAUAAAACAGUGCACAUCAGAACAGAGAGCAUAUCACUGGUAAAGAAUAACUAUCACUGCAGUGAAGCACUCUUGGUUAUAAACAUGGACACAGUUCACAGCCCAUGGUGUUAGCCAGUUCCCUCAUUGGGUAGAGUGUUGGCAAGUGCUUGGAGGUACCGGAGAGUGAAGGUGAGCCAAUGGUUAAGGAGAGGCCCCUCCACAGCCCCAGGCCUUAUGUAGGGUAGGCAUCUGUGUACCACAGACUCGGGAGCUCUGUGAGGCCCGGUCUCUCAUUAUGGCUGCUGCGGAAGGUCCUAGUCUUCUGGCGGUGUCGACAAUGCUUCAGAGGUAACUUCUAUGUGACCCUAGGCCCAGAUAGGCAUUUAGCAUGUGCAGAGGGUGCGAAGGUGUACGCUUUGCCAGAGACAGGCCUGCUCCGCUCAGAUCUCCAGCUCUCUUCACCUUCCCUCCAUGGGUUCAAGGAAGCCGAGUAAGGUGUUGCUCUAGCACGUCCCAGAAGUGUUGGAAGAUCAGGUCCAGUUCUGUGGGUGAGGACUGCGUGGGUGCAGACAUCAAUGGUCGGGUUGCGUCCGCCAUAAUGCUAGGUCCGGUAUGUUCGAGCCUGAGCUAUAGUGGGUAGCAGGAUUCGAAAGUGAUGCAUGUGUUUUGGGUUGGUGGGGACCUGGAUAAACCCCGCUGGCUCAUGGGGGGGAACAGGGGCUUUGCGUUACAGGUAAGUGAAACAGCGGGAGAGCGGCGUCUCCCCCUGCGCCGACCAUGCUUGUAGGCGUGAUGUCUGAGCUGUCGGAGCUGGUGUGAAGGUCCACUUGUGUGAUAUCAUCAUGUAGGUCUACGAUUGCCUGACAGACCAAAUAAAUCGGGUCACAGCCUCUGCUCGGCUCAAAUUAGCAUUAGUUGCGGUAAGAUGUAAGAGCUGCUGUGACAUGUGUCUGCUUCGCUCUGCAGUCAGGCCCCGCCUCCCUAAAAAAUGUAAUUCAUUAAAAUUAAAUUUCAGGGUUAUUAACUAAAGGGGAAAUUGUUGGGAAUUCAAAGUGAAUUCAAAAUUUAAUGGGACACUAAAUUAUAUAGUCAUCAGUUCAUGACAUGGAGCUGUAACCUAGUUGGAUUAUGCAGCAGGACAAUAAUUCAAAAUACAAGAAUACAGCCAGUAUAGAAUGGCUCAAAAGAAACAAAAUCAAAGUCCUUAAUUUAACCCACUGAGAUGCUGUGGCAUGAUCCUAAACAGGAAGUUAAUGCUCAGAAACCUCCAAUGUUGCCAAAUUACAGCAAGUUUGCAAAGAAGAAUGGGCAAAAACUCUUCCAAAACAAUGGAAAAGACUAACCUCCAAUUAUCGAAAGCCCUUUGUUGUAAUUCUUGCUGCUAAAGGUUCAUGGUGCAGUUAUAUUUUCACACAGGGACAAUUGAUGUUGGAAUCCCUUUUAACUAAAUACAAUUAUAAAUUGAAAACAAAUGUAUUUUGUAUGAAACCAUUCAGGGUAAUAAAUAUGAAAAAUAGAGUAAAUCAGUAAUGGGCAAAUAUUUAUUUUUCACUUUCUGUCAUUUGCUUUCUGGUGUACCUUACAAAGGCAAUGCCAUAUUUUGGAGAUAUUUUUUUCUUCCUGAUAUUUAGUUUGUUAAAAUCUUAUGAACAGAAGAUUGGCUUCAUGGCAAGUUCGCACAUGCCAUUUAAUGUCUUGAGGGAAUCCAUGUACAAAUAUUUGUGCCUAUUGAAAUAUAUGAGAAAAUGUUUACAGAUUUGAGAUUACAAUGCUUUAGAUUAUUUUUCAACCACUCCAUAAACAACAGACACGUGAAACACAAAAGGCUUUCUUGCUCAUUUUGCCAAUAUGUGUCAUAUUUAUUAUACAGAGGUCAGAGAUGAAAUGCUUAGCUUUCCACUAUAGCCUAUUUAAAUGGAUGGACUACAACAUUAUCUAACAGAGGAGGGAUACCUGUAGUGGUAUCUGGAGAAUGAAAUCAUCGUCAUAUCUCUAGAAUGGUAAUAAUUUACCAGACUGAAAUGACCAGGUCUUAGUACCAAGACCACUUCAUUAAGAUAAACUAGUCCUUGCACUUGGAGUAUCCCUUUAAUUUUAUACUAAUUCUGAAUAAGCAUACAAAAUAAGAAAAAAGGAACGGCAUAAUAUAGUUAAGGGACCUUAUGGUUACCAAAACAACUUUAUUUUACUGAAGCAGAUUUAUUGUAUAAAUCAUACCUUUGAAGUUUCACUGUUCAAUUCUCUGCCAUAAAGGAGUUAAAUCACUUUGUUUCUGUUUAUGCAGCCCUAGCCACACCUCCCCUGGCUGUGACUGACACAGCCUGCAUGAAAAUAAAAUGGUUUCAUUUUCCAUCAGAUGUAACUGUAAAUUGCACUUUAAUCACAUACAGGGUCUAUUUACAGUAAGUGUUUAGGAAGGUAAGUCACAUACAGGAAGGUUUGACUAGGGCUUCAUAGACAAAGUGAUUUAUCUCCUAAAUGGCAGAGAAUUAAGCAGUGAGACUACAGAUGCAUGAUCCAUACACCAACACUGCUUCAUUAAGCUACAGUUGUUUUGGUGACUAUGUGCUUUGAAGCUGCAGCUCAUAAGCCUCUCUGUACAAAUGACCAAGGGGAAGAGGGAGAGGGGGUAGGGCCAAAUUAAGAAGCCCAGUGGACCUGGUGCUGACAAUUAUGAGGGGCCUAAGUACAGAAUCUUAUCGACGAAAAACACUAAAACAGUCAUACCUCUCAAGUGUUAUGUAUCUGGUGGAGAUGUUGCCAGAGGUAAACUCAUAGGAUGCAAUUGUGAGACAACUCAGAUUCUCUUAAAAUAUGCUAAUCUCUCUAAUUUAUCUCUCUAAUUUAUGUUUUCAUCUUUCAAGUAAAUCUAUAACCCCUAACAGCAGUAUCAAGUGAAGCAGGAAGUCAAUGGGCCGUGUAAAAGGAUGGGCCACUGACGCAGAUCAUGUAAUCAAAACUCCUGAAGGGACGAACAUGCUCAAAAAAGAGGCGUGUCUGCCCAAAGAAUUGAUUGGCUGCCUGUCAAUCAUGCAUGCUGGCCAAUAGCGCACUGAACUUGGCAUAAAUGUGUCUAAUGAUGCGCUCGCUCCCUGUUUUCUAAGGACUGUCCCGUAGCACUCACACGUCCACUUGUCUCCUGGCUGAUAGAAUUUCGGUUGCCAAAUACUUUCUUGUUUAUAGCAAAUUUCUAGCCUGCUUCAUUCCCCCUGACCCCCCUAACCUCCUCCCCCUGCUUGCCACUCCCAGCUCUAAAUGCCUUUUAAGUAACUGUUCUAUCUCUCUCACUUAGCCCCAAGUCACCACACAUCCCUGCAAGAAGGCCUUUUAAUUUUGCUCGGCUCUAGAGGCCAUCCGAGGAGUGGCCACUUGGAGGUGUCCCUAGGGCCAAUGUAAACACUGCUUUUUCUCUGAAAAGUCAGUCUGAAAAGUCAGUGUUUGCAUGAAAAUGCCUGCAUGCAAUGAUUAUACUCACCAGAACAACUACAUUAAGCUGUAGUUCUGGUGACUAUAGUGUCCCUUUAACUCAUUUCAUUUCAGCUAGUCCACACAGGUUUUGUUUCCAUAUAUCCCUCUUAAGUUUCAUACUUAAGCAAGAGUAUGUGAAGAAUAGUGAGGGUUGCCACCUUUCUUGGAAAUAAAUAAAGGCCUUACUAAUUUGCAUAACUAAUUGUGUGAUGAUAUCAUAUGAUGUAAAUCACAAAGAGUGGCAUAAGAUAAAAUUCUCUAAAAUCACCCAAAAACUACUUACAGUUUGAUUCUUCUGUAUAGAUAGAUUGCUUCCAGUGUCUCCCUGUCUCCCAGUGUCCCCAUGUCUAUGUGUCCCCAUGUCGCCCAGUGUCCCCUAGUGUCUGUCCCCAUGUCUCCCAGUGUCCCAUGUCACUAGGGGACACUGAGAGACAUGGGGACACUGGAAGACAUGGGGACACUGAGACACUAGGUACACUGGGAGACAUGGGGACACUGAGACACUAGGUACACUGGGAGACAUGGGCACACAGACACUAGGGACACUGGGAGACAUGGGUACACAGAGACACUAGGAGAUAUUGAGAGACAUGGGGACACUGAGAGACAUGGACACACAGACACUAGGGACACUGGGAGACAUGAGCACACAAAGACACUAGGGACAUUGGGAGACAUAGGGACACUGAGGCACUAGGGAAACUGGGAGACAUGGGGACACUGAGACACUAGGAACACUGUGAGACAUGGGCACACAGAGACACUAGGUACACUGGGAGACAUGGGGACACUGAGACAGUAGGAGAUACUGAGAGACAUGGGAACACAGACACUAGGGACACUGAGAGACAUGGACACACAGACACUAAGGACACUGGGAGACAUGGGUACACUAGGGACACUAGGAGACAUGGGCACACAAAGACACUAGGGACAUUGGGAGACAUGGGGACACUGAGGCACUAGGGAAACUGGGAGACAUGGGGACACUGAGACACUAGGUACACUGGGAGACAUGGGGACACUGAGGCACUAGUGACACUGUGAGACAUGGGCACACAGAGACACUAGGGGAUACUGAGAGACAUGGGAACACUGAGACACUAGGGGACACUGGGAGACAUGGGGACACAGAAACAUGGGGACAUAGACACACAUGAAGACAUUUGGGGACACAGACACGAGGGACACUUAGACAAUGAGAGACAUGGGGACACAGACACCAGGAACACUGGUUGGGAGACUCCAAGUUUCUCAGUGUCCCCAUGUGUGUCUGUGUCCCAAUGUCUCAGUGUCCCCAUUUGUGUCUGUGUCCCCAAGUGUGUGUCCCCAUGUCUCCCAGCGUCCCCUAGUGUCCUCAUGUGUGUCUGUGUCCCCAUGUCUCAGUGUCCCUAUGUCUCCAAGUGUCCAAAAGGGACUCAGCAUCCCCAGAGGUCUCACAGUCUCCCCUAGUGUCUCAGUGUCCCCAUGUCUCCCUGCAGCCUUUACCCCGUCUCAGUGUCCCCAAGUGUCCUCAUGUGUGUCUGUGUCCCCAUGUCUCAGUGUCCCUAUGUCUCCAAGUGUCCAAAAGGGACUCAGCAUCCCCAGAGGUCUCACAGUCUCCCCUAGUGUCUCAGUGUCCCCAUGUCUCCCUGCAGCCUUUACCCCAUCUCUCACUUCACUGAGCUGAAGGCUAUCUCUGCAGGAUGGGAGCUGCUGUUUGGACUCUCUGUGCUGUGAACCUGCUCCCCCGCAGAUCAGUGAGGAGAGAAAUGCAGGUAUAUGCUGUAACUUCCUAUCCCUGCCUCUUUCCACAUGCACAGCGACCCCUAGUUGGGUAAUCUCUGUUUAUACUGAAAAAAAUACCGGCAUUUAUAUAUCGGCACCCGCCAGGCAGCCUUAAAUAAAUACCAGCCAGGUGGCAACCCUAAGAGUGAUGUUAAAAAUGUAUUUUUUUUUUUUUUUUUUUUAAAUCAAUGGGCCUAUUCCAUGGACAAUACACAAGAUCCAGCACACUCUCCUAUCUACUAAACAGCAACUGCAAUGUUGACAGAUUUUAUUCAUUUUUUAAAAAGUUUUUUCUAAAGGUUUUUUUUUAGAAAACACCUAAUCUAGGCAAAAAAUAAUAGGAAUUUAGUUACAUUAUAUGAUCAUACAUUGCAUAAGCCUGCCACAACGUCAAUGUACCCCAUCUUUGGCAGGUCCUACUCUUACAGUCUAAUGUCUACUCUUAUGUGAAUAACUCACUUACUUGUGGAAAGAAUUCCAUCUGAGGCUCUCUGCAGUACAAGAGUAAAUGGGACCUAGCCAACUCCUUGGUUUUGCACCCCUCCCUGUCACAGGUGCCUCAUCUCAGGUUCCUAUUUAGCCUUUUACUGCAGAGAGCCCCAGAUGGAAUUUUUUCCCCAAGUAAGUGAGUUAUUCACAUAAGCGUAGACAUUAGACUGUGAGAGUAGGACCUGCCAAAGAUGGGGUACAUUGACGUUGUUGUAAGCUUAUGCAAUGUAUGAUCAUAUAAUGUAACUAAAUCCCCAUAUUUUUUUGCCUAGAUUAGGUGUUUUAAAAAAAAAAAAAACUUUAGAAAAAAACUUUAAAAAAAAAUGAAUAAAAUCUGUCAACUUUGAAGUUGCUGUUUAGUAGAUAGGAGAGUGCGCUGGAUCUUGUGUAUUGUUUAUUGAAUAAAUUGGCCCCCAGCAGCACCCCCAUUUAAGCAUGUUCAGGUGAGUGCAACCACCCCCCCCCAUGUUUCAUAUAUAUGUAUAUUUGGGAGUCUACCCAACUCCUUGGUUUUGCACCCAUCCCUGUUACAGGUUCCUCAUCUCAGGUCCCUAUUUAGCCUUGUACUGCAGAGAGCCUCAGAUGGAAUUUUUUCCCCAAGUAAGUGAGUUAUUCACAUAAGAGUAGACAUUUGCCUAGGGCUUGGGCCUGGAGCUGCAACUGGAUCAGUCCCUAUGUUAAUCCGGCCCUGGGAGGGGGUGGAGGAUUGUCCUUACCUGUCUCUAAUUCUAAAUGAACAUUUUUGUUAAUGAUACAUUUCUCACUAGAUUCCAUGUUAUUUUUGCAGAUGCAAGAGAAUGCAUUGCCUGUCCAUCGGACUUCUGGUCAAAUUCCCACAAGAAUGAAUGUGUAUUGAAGGAAGUGGAAUUUCUUGCCACUGAUGAGGCAUUGGGGAUCACAUUAGUAUUCUUGGCUGUAUUUGGAGCAUCCCUCGUCAUUGCCUUUACAGUUAUCUAUGUGAUGUACAGAGAAACCGCUUUAGUCAAGGCAAACGAUCGUUCCUUAAGCUUUGUCAUCCAGAUAUCCCUGGUUUGCACUUUUAUGACAUCCAUUCUGUUUGUUGGCAAACCAGAAGAAUGGUCCUGUAUGGCACGCCAAACUACUCUUGCCUUGGGAUUUUCCCUCUGCUUGUCCUGUAUUCUCGGAAAAACUAUUGUUUUGAUGCUAGCUAAAAGGGCAGCAAAAUCUAAAGUUGCUGAUAAAACUAAACAAAUAACUAUGAAACCUCUCUAUCAAAAAAUAGUUGCUGUUAUUGGAUUGACUAUUGAAGUUGGAAUAUGCAUAGCCUAUUUAAUUAUAUACCCCCCUUGGGUCUAUAAAAAUAUGGAAUCCCAAAAUGUCAAAAUUAUUCUGGAGUGUAAUGAAGGCUCAAUUGAAUUUCUGUGUUCCAUGUUCGGGUUUGAUGUUUUCCUUGCUAUAUUAUGUUUUAUAACUGCUUUUGUAGCCCGUAAACUUCCAGAUAACUUCAAUGAGGCCAAAUUUAUAACUUUUGGAAUGUUGGUCUUCUUCAUUGUUUGGAUAUCUUUUGUCCCAGCAUACCUAAGCACAAGAGGGAAAUUUAAAGUAGCCGUUGAAAUCUUUGCUAUUUUAGCAUCAAGUUUUGGGUUACUUGGUUGCAUUUUUGUCCCAAAGGGAUAUAUCAUUUUACUGAAGCCGGAAAGAAACACAGAAGAGAUUGUUGGAGGCAGGCAGGCUACUAAUGAUAAAAGUGCACCAGCGACAUCAGCCUCCAUUACCAGUGAGAUUAACAAUACAACAAUAUCCACUGUUGUGCUUGAUGAUUAA